GGACAAGAGCAGUGCCAGGGAGUGUGAGCAGAGAAGGUGACUCGUGUGUGUGAGUCUUGGCAACAGGAAAAACGACAGUAAUGUCAAAUGCCACUCUGACUAUUGAGUGGCCCCUUGGCUUUUUUUUUGGAAUACUGAGGCAGCACUUUCUAUGGCAGACAUUUUCUUAAAGAGGAGCCGUCACUGGUCUGAAAUUUACAUCAUCGAGUAAGACGCUGAAAUUCACCUAUAAGUUGUGUUAACCUUUUUAUCGUGUGAUGCUGUGUUUUCAUUUAUAAUUAUUUUAAAUUUGUAGUAAAUAAUCCAGUUCUGACAAAGCAAAGCCAGGGCAAACAGUGCAAUUGAAGAGGAGGAAUAGAAACAUUUGUCUACUUUCUCCUCUUCUCUCUAUGCUUCUUCUAUGCUGACUGCCAGGUGCAAAAGAGUUUAGAACAGUCAUGGCUAACCUUGACACCAUAAAUUGUUUCUGGACUACAUUUCCCAUGAUGCUCAGCUAGCUUCAGUGAUUGACCGGGAAUAACGAAUCCUUAUAUUUGUUUGCUGCUGAGACAAGAGCUUUUAAGUAACCUUGUAAAUUUUAAAAACUGUAUUUUUGUGUGUGUGCUGUUCCUUAAUCUGUAUUUUGUAGAAAUGUUGGUCUUUUUGGGCAGUACCAUCGCUGACAAAUGCAUGUUCCGGGUGUGCCCCUUAUUCCCUUUUUUUUCUAGGGAUGGUGGCACCCAAUUUCAGGUUAAAGAGGUGUGGAUUUCUAUUUUUAAUAAAAAUUUUCACACCUCACAGACACGUACUAGGUAAGUGUAGGGAUAAUUAAGCAGCAGAUUAAUAAAUCCAGGGAAAUGACCAUUCCUUUUUAAAGAGCUCUGUUAUAUAACUUAUUUAUUGCAAUUUCACUUUCUUGUAUUGGAAAACUAACCUACAUAUCAUACUCGUACUAAGACAAUGCGCUGUAUCUCAUCUUGUUACUAGGAAACAGAGUUAUCCUUACUUUUCUUAGUAGAAUGUUAAGUUAUCUCUCCGCAGACUAGUAGGAUAUCAGGUUAUCUCCUCUUACAAUGCCUCUAAGCCUUUUCUAAUCCUGUUGCUGUUCUACUAAGCUAUCUUACAUCCUGUCCAUGAGAUACUGAGCUAUAUAUCAACGUUUGCAUUAGUAUAUGGAAAUGUCUUGUUGCUGUGUUAUAAGCAAUUACGGGAGCUAUCUCUUGAGAUGUUGAAUCAUCUUAACUCCUGUUACCAAGGUGUUUGUCAGUCAUAUGUACUCCUCUGGUUCUAAAUAACUUAGCUAUCAUUCAUCCUACUACUAACACGUUGUCUUCUAUCUGAACUUGUUAGGAUACUGGUUUCUGGGUUAUUGGGUCACAGAUCUCGCAUUGGUCCAUUUACUGGGAUGCUAGUAUGGUACGGAGAUAUGUCCAUUCCUCUUAUUAGUAAACUUACAAACUUAAAACAAACCCAUGUUAGUAGGAUUUCAAACUAUACUGUCCUCUUUUUAGUAAGAUGGUUAUAGUUAUAUUCCAUAUAUGUUAGUGAGAUAUUGUGAUAUAUUAUCAUCAUUUUAGUAAGGGUACCAAGAUAUAUUAUCAUCAAGCUAUCUCGGCUUCCUAUUAGAUAAUAAUAAUAAUAAUAAUUAUAAUAAUUCAGAUUGAGUUAACACUAACCCUGUUAGUAGGAUACUGAACUAUCUUGUUCACCUGAUAGUAAUAUUCAAUCAUGUUAGAAUACUGAGCUACCUGCUACCUAUGCAAAUAGGGUCCUGGGAUAUUGUUUCCUCUGGUUAGAAGAAUUCUCAGCUAUUUAUGACCCAUGUUAGAAGGAAGUUUGGUUAUAUAUAACUCAGGUUGGUAGCAUACUGAGCUACACACACUUAUAAUGGAGUAUUAAGCUAUGUGUUGUUUAUUUAGAAGAAUGUUGACCUAUCUCUUCCUCAUAUUAUUAAGAUUCUGAGUCAUAUAUUUUCAUACUGAGCUACAGUAUAUCUUACCCAUGUUAGUAGAAUACUGAGCAAUAUUUACCCAUGUUAGUAGAAUACUGAGUUAUAUCUCACCCAUGUUAAUAAUACUGAGUUAUAUCCUACCCAUGUUAAUAAAAUACUGAGUUAUAUCGUACCCAUGUUAGUAGAAUACUGAGCUAUACCUUACCCAUGUUAGUAGUAUACUAAACUAUAUCUCACCCAUGUUAAUAAAAUACUGAGUUAUAUCGUACCCAUGUUAGUAGAACACUGAGUUAUAUUUUACCCAUUUUAGUAGAAUUCUGAUCUAUAGCUUACCCAUGUUUAUAGAAUACUGAGUUAUAUUGUACCCAUGUUAGUAGAAUUCUGAUCUACCGUAUUUGCUCGAUUACAAGACAAGGGUUUUUUUUUUCCAGGAAAAAAACAUCUGAAAAAAUGACAUUGUCUUAUAAUCGAGGUCGUCUUUUAAUAAGACCUAAGAGGUCUGAUGUCUGAUUAAAGCUCUAAAGCUUUAAAGGUGUUACAAGCACCUGCACCUCUUCACCAAUCCUGGGCCAUCAAGGAAUGCUUCGGUACGGCUUGGUUACUCCGGGAGGUAUCCGGUGACGGUGAAUUGUCUGCAGGUGUGGGGGGUGGGCGGUGAGUGGGUCACGGUGAGGGUGGUUUGAGGCCAUUUCCCUCCUCAGGUGAGAGUCCUGUAACGGCUGGGUGAUCCUUGGCACUGUUAUGUCCCUGCCUCACAGAACACCAUCUACCUGGCAAUGAUUCAUAUGUACAAUAUAUAUGAUAUGUGUGAUCAUGAGUACAAUCAUAUAUAUUGAAUAUAUGAAUCAUUGCAUAACUGCCAGUCUGCUGCCAAAGCUGGGCACAUUCCAGAAAUUACUCUUGGAAUUUUACUGGAUGCAUUUUUUGGCUCCUCACUGUAAUGAAUUGCAUACUUCUUGGGCACUUAAACUAUAAAUACUUUGUUGUACCUUAAAAAACAAGUCUCUGAUAGAUAGAUAGAUCGAUAGAUAGAUAGAUAGAUAGAUGUAUCUGUGUGUAUCUGUGUGCGUAUGUGUCUGUAUGUGUGUCAGUGGAUCUGUAUAUCUGUGUGUUAAUGUGUGCCCCUGUGUAUAUGUGUGUGUCAGCAUUUGUAUGUGUCAUUGAGUGUAUAUGUGUGUCUGUGUAUCUGCAUGUGUGUCAUUAUAUGUGACUUUGUAUCUGUGUAUUUGUGUCUAUAUGUGUGCAUGUGGGUGUGUCUGUGUGCAUAUGAGUGUGUCUGUAUGUGUGUCUGUGUAUCUGUGUCUAUAUAUGUGCACAUGUAUGUAUUUGAGCUAAUUAUUCCUCUGUGUAAGUAAGAUUCUGAGCUAGUUAUUCCUCCUGUUAGUAGUAUUAUGGGCUAGUUAUUCCUCUUGUUGGUCAGAUUCUGAGCUAGUUAUUCAUCCUGUAGGAAAAUUUCUGAGCUAGUUAUUUCUCCUGUUAGUUAGUAGUAUUUCGAGCCAGCUAUUCCCCAUGUUAGUUACUAGUAGUUUGAGCUAACUAUUCCUCCUAUUAGUUAGUAUUUUGAGCAAGCUAUUCCUCCUGUUAGUUAGUAGUAUUUCGAGCUAGCUGUUCCCCAUGUUAGUUACUAGUAGUUUGAGCUAGUUAUUCAUACUGUUAGUUACUAGUAGUUUGAGCUAGCUAUUCCUCCUGUUAGUUACUGGCAGUUUGAGCUAGGUAUUCCUCCUGUUAGUUAGUAGUAUUUUGAGCUAGCUAUUCCUCCUGUUAGUUACUAGUAGUUUGAGCUAGUUAUUCCUACUGUUAGUUACUAGUAGUUUGAGCUAGUUAUUCCUACUGUUAGUUACUAGUAGUUUGAGCUAGUUAUUCCUACUGUUAGUUACUAGUAGUUUGAGCUAGCUAUUCCUCCUGUUAGUUACUGGCAAUUUGAGCUAGCUAUUCCUCCUGUUAGUUAGUAGUAUUUCGAGCUAGCUAUUCCUCCUGUUAGUUACUAGUAGUUUGAGCUAGUUAUUCCUACUGUUAGUUACUAGUAGUUUGAGCUAGCUAUUCCUCCUGUUAGUUACUAGUAGUUUGAGCUAGUUAUUCCUACUGUUAGUUACUAGUAGUUUGAGCUAGCUAUUCCUCCUGUUAGUUACUGGCCGUUUGAGCUAACUAUUCCUCCUGUUAGUAGUAUUUUGAGCUAACUAUUCCUCCUGUUAGUAUUUUGAGCUAGUUAUUCCUCCUAUUAGUUAGUAGUAUUUUAAGCUAACUAUUCCUCCUGUUAGUAGUAUUUUGAGCUAGCUAUUCCUCCUGUUAGUUACUAGUAUUUUGAGCUAGCUAUUCCUCCUUUUAGUUAGUAGUAUUUUGAGCAAACUAUUCCUCCUGUUAGUUAGUAGUAUUUUGAGAUAACUAUUCCUCCUGUUAGUUAGUAGUAUUUUGAGAUAACUAUUCCUCCUGUUAGUUAGUAGUAUUUUGAGCUAACUAUUCCUCCUAUUAGUUAGUAUUUUGAGCAAGCUAUUCCUCCUGUUAGUUAGUAGUAUUUUGAGCCAACUAUUCAUCAUGUUAGUAGUAUUUUCAGCUAGCUAUUCCUCCUGUUAGUUGCUAGUAGUUUGUGUUUGUAGCUAUUCCUCCUGUUAGUUGCUAUUCCUCCUGUUAGUUAGUAGUAUUUUGAGCUAGCUAUUCCUCCUGUUAAUUAGUAGUAUUCUGAGAUAUUUAUUUAACCUAUUAGAAUACUUAGCUUCUGGGUUAGUUAUUUCUCCUGUUAGUAGUAAUCUGAGCUAGUUAUUCCUCCUAUUAGAAUACUUAGCUCUACCUUCUAUUGGUAGGACACUGGGUUACCUAUGCAUCCUGUUUGUAGGUUACCGAGGUGACUUCUCAUCCUGUUUUGUGGAAUAUUGAGCUAUCUCUUCCUCCUAUUAGGAGGGUCCUGAGCUAGCUAUUCCUCCUAAUAGUAGGAUACUGUCUCUUCCGUUAGUUAUCGGAUGCUGAGCGAUCUCUUGCACCUGUUAUUAGAAUACUGAGCUAUCGCCUCAUCCUGUCAGUUAGAUAGUACGAUAGUGAGUUAUCUCCUAAACCUGUUACUAAUUUAACUUGUUGGUUGGAUGCUGAUCUAUCUAAUCCUCCUGUUAGUAGAAUACUAAGCUAUUACUUCAUCCUGUUAUUAGGUUAAUUUGUUUUUAGUUGGACACUGAUUUAGCUAUUCCUCCGGUUAGUAGCAUACUUAUCUAUCUCUUCAUCCUGUUAGUAGGGCACUGAGCUAGUAUUCCUGGUGUUAGUUAGUAGGAUACUGAGCUGAGCCCUUUGCUCUAUACUAGGGCUGCCCAACAGGCAGAUCCCCAGAUGUUGUAGAACUACAACUCCCAUGAAGCUUUGUAAUUUUAAAGGCAUGCAAGGCGUCAUGGGAGUUGUAGUUCUACAACAUCUGGGGAUCUACCUCUUGGGCAGCCCUGCUCUGCACGGUCUGUCUACUAGUUUUGGGAAAGCAAUAUAUUUCAGUAUGUUUGUCUUUAAGUACUUACUGAGCAGUCUCUAAGUAGAACAAUGAGCAAUCUCUUCUGUGUGUUUUACCCUGAUCUCUCACUCAAUCUUUCACUAGAUGCUGAACUAACUCUGUUUUUUUGGUACGUGAGGGGUCUCGCAGAUAACCAGCCUCCUAUGUCCUAGACGGAUCUCCCUCCCAGUCUCCUCUCAGAUCCCAGAACACAUGGCAGUGACGUCCUGUACCAGAAAUAGAGAGAACUGCAUCCAAUUAGAUUCGCUCCAAAACACCAUUACAUUGUUAACCCAUCUCUCUCCCACACGUCGUAACAUUGUGAUUUUAAAUAAUAAAACUUACAGAUACCCAGUAUUUCCAUAUAACACCCUAAUUCUUGUCUGUCAUUAAUACAAUGUAUGAUUACACUAUGUAUCUAUAAGAGCCUCUGACAACAACGCAGUAUAUAGUGAUACUAAGCAUCUAUGUGCUUAUAUAAUCCAGUGACACAGCAGUGAAAUUGAGUUUUAAUGUGCUCAUACGAAACACAUCAUUCAUUGUUUGGCUGCAAUAGUAUAAAUUGGCAGUAAAUUGAAAUAAGUGUUAUAGACUAAAUGAAAAACAUGCCAUACAUUUUUAAUGCGUUGUGCAUUUUUUUAAGUUGUUUCUUCUGUUUGUGAGUGUGUGUGUGUGUUUUGUUGUUGUCUUUAUGAAUAAAUUGAAUAUAUAUUUCCUGGCUUCACAUUAUGGGCGACAAGGGACAGUUCCUCAGUGUUUACUGGGGUAAGUAUUGCAGUGGAAUACAAUUAACCUCUGCAGCACUUCCAUGUCCAGAGAGGUGGAUUCUUUUCCAAAAUUUCAUGCACCUACUUGCCCUUAUGAAAAUCUCACACGAUGCAAUUGGUUGUUCAGUUAAAGGGCUAAACCAAGACCCGCUGGAUUGAUAAUGUUCCCAGUAGUACUCUGGCCCAGCUCUCGGGUAAUGGAGAAAACAACGAUUUGUCCCCUUUCCUGUGUGCUUGACGGGUUCCAAUGCUGCCUGGUGGUCCAGUGAAAUGCUUCCAGCAUUUGCAGAGUCGCAGCCAUUGCCAUUUGUUGGCUGACAGCGUCAACUGACCACUCUCAGCCAAUGACUAACAUUCUAUGCAUUGAAAGUUGCACAGAAUUGACAUCAGCCUGCCCAGCAGUCUAGUUCCAGGGUGCCUAAUGACACCCCAAUGAAGCUGCCAGAGAUGGAUUUACAAACUUCGGAUCAGAGGGAUUAAACUCUAUAUGUGUAUUGUUUCAUAAAAAAAUGCUGCACAUACAGACUACAAUCACCAUGACCACUUCAAAUCACUGAAGUGAUCAUGGUGCUUGGGUACCCCUUUAAUUUACAUGGUAAUCUCUGGUGAUGUCAUUCAUGCCUACUAUCUAAAUAAAAAAUUUAAGUUUGCUCUGAAUGAAUUUUUUUUUAAAUUUUUUUUAUUACACACAGGCUAUAAUGAACUAUAAUAUCAUGUCAAAACCCCAAAUGAGAACUGUCCGCUUUAAGAUUUUACACCUUUGUAUAUUCAUAAAUUACAUUUAUAUGUUUUGAUAUAUUACCUGCAGAGCCAUCUUGAUGUAGUCUGCAGAGUCGUAUGCCUUGUGAUAUAAUUAGUGAAUAUAUUGAAGCACAUCUGUCAUACAAAUAUGACAUGUUAUCGCUCUAUGGACGAUUAUAUUUUAUCUAUACAUUAUAAUGACGAAAGUUCCAGCAAGUGUAUAAAUGAGAUUUUCAGUUUUCAUAAGUCUGUCGACCGAAUGCAGUGGAUUAACUAGCAUGAUGUACAGAUCGCAUUUUACUAGAUGCGUGAAUUAGACCUUGAGCAACCUUCUUGUUCCAAGGAGAAAUCUAAUUGCUGUUUUGGAGUCACCUAAAUUAGUUUUGUUUUCUUUUUACCUUCUUUUAACUUGAUGAGCUUCUACAGCCUGUAUAACUGUGUAACUGCAUAUCUACUGUAUUAGCAGGCUGCAGGACCACUUUUAGUCACCUGAAGCACUCUUAAAGGGACACCAUAGUCACCAAAACAACAUUAACUUAAUUAAGCUAUUUUGGUGUAUAGAUCAUGCCUCUGAAGUUUCGCUGUUCAAUUCUCUGCCAUUUAGGCGUUAAAUCACUUUUGUUUCUGUUUAUGCAGCCCUAGACACACCUCCCCUGGCUGUGACUCACACAGCCUGUAUGAAAACAACAUGGUUUCAUUUUCAAUCAGAUGCAACUUACUUUAAAAGUUUCAUCCCCUGCUCUGUAAAUUGAACUUUAAUUACAUUCAGGAGCAGAAGCAGCUUUUAUCAGAGCAGGUGACAAUAAAUUAUAAAUUAGACAGAAUGUACAUUAAAGUAAGUGUAAACAUCAGAUGACUCUUUACAGGAAGUAUUUAGGAAGGCUGUGUAAGUCACAUGCGGAGAGGUGUGUGACUAGGGCUACAUUAACAAAGUGAUUUAAAUGGAUACUAUAGUCACCAAAACAAUUUUAGCUUAAUUAUGUAGUUUUGGUGUGUAGAUCAUGCCUCUGCAAUUCCAUUGCUCAGUUCUCUGCCAUUUAGGAGUUAGAUCACAUAUAGUCACACUUCCCUGCAUGUGACCUACACAGCCUUCCUAAACACUUCCUGUAAAGAGAGAGCUAAUGCUUACACUUCCUUUAUUGCAAAUUCUGUUUAACUAAGAAUUUAUUAUCUACUGCUCUGUAAAUAGCUUGCUAGGAAAUGAAACCAUUUUGUUUUCAUGAAGGCUGUGUAGGGCACUAUAGUGCCAGGAAAACAAGUAUGUUUUCCUGGCACUAUAGUGGUCCUUUAAUGUUAAAACAGCCUUGCUACACCAUUGGAUUUUCCCACUUUUUCAUGUGGCCUGUAACCUUGGAUACUUAACUUGCCUUUGGGGCCUGGCUAAAACAAUGCAGAUUAGUAACUAUCACACAAUUUAUUCAAAUCUAUAAAUGUUUAUUUUGCAGCUCCAUUUCACUCUAUCAUUUUAAUUACCCUUAAAGAAACCUCAAGUGCUUUUGACAAGUGAACACUUAUAUACCUUUGUACAACACCACUGAAUGUGUUGGCACUUAUGUAUAAUAGUAAUUGAAGCACUGUAAGUAGCACUGAUAGGGUUUAUUCAGAGUUUAUGAAAUGAAGCUUAACCCCGUUUAUUUGUAAUAUACUUCUUCAAGAGAUACAGUCUCAGACUUUAACUCUUUAAUGAUAUAUAAUGUUCUAGUCAAUACUGUCAAUAUGUGGCUUGUUUCAAAAGCUUGUUAUGAUAGCAGUUACCCUGCCUUACUUGAAAAAGUAACUAAACAUGUCUUCCAGAAGAUGACAUUUUAUAGUGGGAGAGCUGGGACUUUCAACGUUUUGGCUGCCACCUCUUAAUUAAGGCCUUCAGAGUCAUCUCUUCCCCAGAGGAAGGGCCAUACAAGGCAGAUUCGGGGCAGUGGCAGAAGUCACCGGAUGUCCCUUGAUACAGUUUCCUGUCAGUUCUUGUCUGGCCGAGGAGGGUAGAAUCAGUGAGAACCUCAAACCAACCAGUCACAGACUCCAGAACACUGGACUUAGCUGUCCACAGUAAUGUGUCUAGCUCUAGACUGACACAAGACACCUUGCACAGGUUACACAAAGACGAUUCUGAGCACAUUGGGGUUCAGCUAAAAACAAAAUAAAACAGUGUAAUUUUGCAUUGAGCAAUGACAGCCUGCAAGUACAAUAGUUUGAGGUGUGCCAAGCAAAUACAUGCUGCACUGGCCCUUUUAACAAAAUAAUCUAAUUCUGUCUCAAAUAAUUUACACUGCAUUCAAUCUUGUAAGUGAGGGGUGCCCAAAAUGUAGCUCCCCAGAUGUUUUAAAACUACAGCUUUCAUUAUACUUUGUCAUUCAAAGGGCAUGCUAAGAGCAAGCAAAGUAUCAUGGGAGUUGUAGUUUUACAUCUGGGGAUCUACUUUUAGGGCAGCCCAAUUGUAAAUCAUUUGAAUUUUGACAAACAUCCAUUAUUUCUUUCCAUGAGAUUCCAAUGGCUUUUUACCAAACCAAAUGUCAUACUUAUAGGCCCGGUUGUUACCUGAAUCUCCCUGCUCUGCCCUUAUUUGUCAAAUGAUUGUGCAUUCAUAUAUUUCCAGACAACAGUGUCUGGUCACAGAGUUCAGCAUAUGGCGCUGCGCACACAGACCAAAGCUCUUUUAAUAACUGGAGACGCUGUGACUUCUCUACUUUUCAUUUUGAUAAAGCUUCUAAGGCAUCAUCCUCUGUAAACAGAUGUUGUAAAUAUGCAACACUGUACACAUUAACCCCUCUUCAACUGCCCAAACUACUGUAACAAUAUCAACUAGUAUUAAAGGGACACUCCAGGCUCGCAGACCACAUCUGCCCAUUGGAGUGGUCUGGGUGCCAACUCCCAUCACCCUUAACCCUGCAAGUGUAAUUAUUGCAGGUUUUAUUAACUUUAAUAAUUACCUUGCAGGGUUAAGUCCUCCUCUACUGGCUGUCUACUAGACAGCCACUAGAGGGACUUCCGGAUUCUUAAAACACAAAAAGUGUUUUAAAUGACGCUAGAUGUCCUCACGAAAUGCAUGAGGACCUCCAGCAUCGCCAGAAUCCCCAUAGGAAAGCAUUGAAUAAGGGACAUCAGGGCUGGAUUCAGGUAAGUCACUGAAGUUGUUUUAUCCACUUCUGCAACAUGGGAUGAGGGAGGGGGGCACUUCAGGAUUCUGCAGUGCCAGGAAACCAAAUUUGUUUUCCUGGCACUGGAGAGUCCCUUUAAUAACAUGCGCAGUGGCGAGUGGGAAUUUAGAUUUAAUAUCUACCAACUUUUGAAAUGGACAGUGAGGGACACUUUCAUUUUAGGUGUGUGCGUGGGGAUGUGGCCAUUGUUCGGGCUGUUCUGAAACAUUUUAGGUGACUUACUAAUAAUAAUUAAUGCAACUAAAAUGUAAUUGAGAACAAAAACACAUUACUGGGAGUAUUACUGCUGUGGGGCUCUGUUACACAGUCAGACACACCAACAAUAUAGAGCAACUAGAAAAGAGGGAGAGAUGGUUUGGGAGCCAAAAUAGGGACUGUCCCUCUUAAAUAGGAGGUAUGAGUUACAAUGAAUAGAUUCCACAACCAAUGGUACACCUAUCUAUGCAUUGUAACUUUUCAUUCAUAUUUCAGAGUAUUUCACAAAAAGGGAUUCUGGAUAGAUACACACUGGGUCCACUAAUCCAUUAAGGACCAAUGGCAGGCAUGCUGUGAAAUUUGCCUACCCCAGUAAUAGGAGGAGUUAUAGAGAUAGGUUAUAUUGAAUAAUAGGAGUAGUUAUAGAGAGAGGUUAUAUGGAGUAAUAGGAGGAGUUAUAGAGAGAGGUUAUAUGGAGUAAUAGGAGGAGUUAUAGGGAGAGGUUAUAUGGAGUGAUAGGAGGAGUUAUAGAGAGAGGUUAUAUGGAGUGAUAGGAGGAGUUAUAGGGAGAGGUUAUAUGGAGUGAUAGGAGGAGUUAUAGAGAGAGGUUAUAUGGAGUGAUAGGAGGAGUUAUAGAGAGAGGUUAUAUGGAGUAAUAGGAGGAGUUAUAGGGAGAGGUUAUAUGGAGUAAUAGAAGGAGUUAUAGGGAGAGGUUAUAUGGAGUAAUCGGAGGAGUUAUAGGGAGAGGUUAUAUGGAGCAAUAGGAGGAGUUAUAGGGAGAGGUUAUAUGGAGUAAUAGGAGGAGUUAUAGGGAGAGGUUAUAUGGAGUAAUAGAAGGAGUUAUAGAGAGAAGCUAUAUGGAGUAAUAGGAGGAGUUAUGGGGAGAGGUUAUAUGGAGUAAUAGAAGGAGUUAUAGAGAGAGGCUAUAUGGAGUAAUAGGAGGAGUUAUAGGGAGAGGUUAUAUGGAGUAAUAGGAGGAGUUAUAGGGAGAGAUUAUAUGGAGUAAUAGGAGGAGUAAUAGAGAGAGGUUAUAUGGAGUAAUAGGAGGAGUUAUAGGUAGAGGUUAUAUGGAGUAAUAGGAGGAGUUAUAGGGAGAGGUUAUAUGGAGUAAUAGAGGAGUUAAGAGAGAGGCUAUAUGGAGGAGGAGUUAUAGGGGGAGGUUAUAUGGAGUAAUAGGAGGAGUUAUAGUGAGGUUAUAAGGAGUAAUAGGAGGAUUUAUAGUGAGAGGUUAUAAGGAGUAAUAGGAAGCAUUAUAGGGAGAGGUUAUAUGGAGUAAUAGGAGGAGUUAUAGGGAGAGGUUAUAUGGAAUAAUAGGAGGAGUUAUAGAGAGAGGUUAUAUUGAGUAAUAGGAGGAGUUAUAGGGGAGGUAUAUGGAGUAAUAGGAGGAGUUAUAGUGAGGUUAGAGUAAUAGGAGGAUUUAUAGUGGAGGUUAUAAGGAGUAAUAGGAAGCAUUAUAGGGAGAGGUUAUAUGGAGUAAUAGGAGGAGUUAUAGGGAGAGGUUAUAUGGAGUAAGGGAGAGGUUGUAUGGAGUAAUGGGAGGAGUUAUAGAGAGAGGUUAUAUUGAGUAACCGGAGGAGUUAUAGCGAGAGGUUAUAUGGAGUAAUAGGAGGAGUUAUAGGGAGAGGUUAUAUAGAGUAAUAGGAAGAGUUAGAGUUUAUAGGAAAUUAUAGAAAGAGGUUGCAUGGGGUAUAUAGCAUACACCCCAACAUUUCACACAGACAAAGAGGGUCAAUUUUAAAGUAACACUAUAGGGUCGGGAACACAAACAUGUAUUCCUGACCCUAUAGUGUUUAACCCACCAUUUAGGUGGCUUUCCCCCCCCCCUUAGCCCCCCUAUAAAAGUUUAAAACUCACCUUAUUUUCAGCGCCGCAUUGGUCUGCUGGCGCUGGCUCUGCCCCCUUUGUGACAUCAUCAAAAUGGCUGUUUUUUUAGCUAAAAUCGGCAUGGGGGCGGGGCCAAAUGCCGUUUUGGCCAGUCAAGACCUCCUCAUAGAGAUGCAUUGAAUCAGUGCAUAUCUAUGAGGAAAAUUCAGCUUCUCCAUGCAGAGCGUGGGGAGGCUGAAUGUCAGUGCUGCUUUUUCGGCAGCACUGACCCAGGAAGCACCUCCAGUGGCCACUUGGAGGUGUCCCUAGAGGCAUGUGUUUGCCUGAAGGGAACUAUUAUACUCACCAUAACUACAUUAAAGGAGCACUAUAGUGCCAGGAAAACAAACUUGUUCCUGGCACUAUAGGAUCAUUAGGUACCCCCCACCCUCAGGGCUGCUGGGCUGAAGGGGUUAAUACCCCUUCAGACACUUACCUUUCUCCAGCGCCGGGCUCCCUCUGUUCUGGGGAACUCUCCACCCCCUGACGACGUCAGAUCUGAAUGCGCAUGCGCGGCAAGAGCAUUACUCAAAUGCUCUUGCAUUACUGAAUUACUCAAAUGCUUUCCUAUGGAUGUCCAGGGUCUUCUCACUGUGAUUUUCACCGUGAGAAUCGCAGAAUCGCCUCUAGCGGCUGUCAGUGAGACAGCCACUAGAGGCUUGAUUAACCCUCAGUGAAACAUAGCAGCUUCUCUGAAACUGCUAUGUUUUCAGCUGCAGGGUUAAAACUAGAGGGACCUGGCACCCAGAUCACUUCAUUGAGCUGAAGUGGUCUGGGUGCCUAUAGUGGUCCUUUAAGCUGUAGUUGUUCUGGUGACUAUAGUGUACCUUUAAUUUCAGAAGUUUGGCUGUGUGGCCAUGGGCAAGGUUGUUCUGAGAAAUUUUAGGUGACUUACUAAUAUCCAUUUAUUCAACUAAAAUGUAGUUUUGAACAAAAACAAUGUAUCUAAUUUAGAUGCUGAUUUCUAAACACAUUUAUUGUAGUUUAAAUCCACAUUGCUGUGAGUAUUAUUGCUCUGGAGCUCCCAGAAAAGAGGGACAUUAGCAUAGAAAAGUGGGACAGAGGGAUUUUGCCCCAUUAUAGGGACCGUCCCUUCGAAGUAGGGGCACUUGGGAUGUCUCCUAUAGGGAAAGGUAAUGUGGAAUGAUAUAUGAGGACUUAUUGGGAAAAUUAUAUGGAGUAAUGGGAAGAGCUACUUUGGAGAGGUUAUAUUGAGUAAUUGGAGGGAUUAUAGAGAGUGGUAGUGGAUGUGAUAUAUGUAAUUACAUGAAGACAUGUGACUGGAGAGUUAACUGGCUAGUGACCGGUGAAGGUCUAUGUUGUUGUAACAAUAUAGUGUAGCCCAAGGGUAGGCUACCUUUAGCACUCCAGAUGUUUUAGGCUACAUCUUCUAGAAUGCUCUUACAACCAUAAUGCUGGCAAAGCAUCAUGGAAGAUGUAGUCCACAACAAAUGCAGUGACAAAGGUUGCCUACCCCCGGGCUAGACGCUAGACCCAGGUCUCGUAUAAAACAUAUUAAUUAUUUCCCAUUUUUAGUGCCGCAUGAACUAUGUUGGUGUAUAAUUAGGAAUUAGCUUUUGGUCCUCUUGGGGUUAAUAUGGACGAAUUACAUGAAGCAAAUCUAAUACUGCCAUUUGCCAAGUUCAGUCAUGCUGCCGGAAAUUAACUCCUUAGUGUGCAGAGUCAGCUGAAACAGAAGCGCUAAUUAAAUAUGCAGCAAUCCCUGUGGGAUAAAAGUAUCUGAUUAACGCCCUUGGAUUCAGACAGAAACCUGUGCCGCCUUCAGUGUACCUGUGUUGUGUUUACAGGUCACAAUGGAGGAUUUGUACUGCAUGGUGAAGGGCUGGGUGAGAGGCGGAGGCUGGCAUCACCACUGCCCUGUAAUCUGUGAGAGAAAAAAAAACAAAACAAAAAAAACAUUUGGCAGAGUAUUUGUUUGUGAGGGGAAAUCCCUCGCUCACGUAUAAAUAGGAAUCCUGUGCCAGUGAUGAUCUUCAUCCUGUUAAGCAAGCACUGGCAGCAACGUCAGUAAGGGAGGCGGGUCACUGUGUGCGCCAAGUGCCUGAGUAUCACCUCUUGUGCCGUAAUUUUUAAUAUUCAGCAUUAAUUACAGAGAGGGGAACUGCUGUGAAGUGUUGUAUUUUUCCAAACAUUUCAAAGAGCUGGAAAGAACCUAGGCAAAUACAAAUUGCCUACAAACGUGUUUAGUUCGACUAAUUUCGACUAAUUCAAUCUUUCUAAUUUUCGGACAGGAACAGCCUAGGGUCUUCAGGCACACUGCGUAGAAAUUUAUAUCUUGUCUACAUAAGUAUACAUCCUUGUUCCUUGUGCAUGCAAUAUAAUUACGUGGCAUAUUGCAAUAAAAGUGUGUGUAUUUUGGUGUUCCUGUGUGUUUGUCUCUAUCCUUGUUCCUGUGUGUGCACUGUAAUAUUAAAAAUAGGUUCCAAACCAUCAUAAAUAAUGUAAAAUGCAGUUGUGUAGUGCAAUUCCCAUGGAUUGUAGGAACUUUAGUUAAACACCUUAAAGGCCACACCCACCAUUUGUUUGUACAGUAUAGUCAAUUCCUAUGAUGCUCAUGUUGGCUGAGUGUCAUACGAAUUGUUUAUCACAUACAUUUUUUAACCCUCCACAGUUAUAAUUCCCUAGCCAGUUAUCUCCCCAAGCCCCCCAUGUUAUCUGUUCCUGGCCCCCCUAGCUAUGUCUCCCCUCCCUCCUCCCUGUUAUGUUCUCUCAGUCUCUCCUUGUAAUAUACCUGUAUCGUGGCUGAACUAGUAAUAUAGCUGUAUCGUGGCUGAACUGUCAUUGCUUAGUGCAGCGCUGUGGGAGGUGGGGACAAGACGUAAAAUUAACUACCCAUCUCUCUUUUAGUGUGCAGCCAUCAAUCAUGGAGGGUUUAACUAGUAAGGCUAAGAAGAAAUAAACAGAGCUGCACUAAGCUGAAGCAGAUCAGCCAUGCUACUAGCAUGGGCAGCUGGAGGGAAUGGUGGUGGGCUAAGCAGUGCAGUUAUUGUUGCCCUAAGCAGUGCAGCAGAGACUUCUCUCUGUCUGCGUCUGGUGUCAAUACACAGACUGCACACGUCCAAUCCCUGCCCUGCUUCAUUAAAUACAUUAGAAGAAUUGUGGCCCAUAAUACUCAACCUCUUAGUCUUUAUAACUUCCUCUUAUAGCUCCUCCUUUUGCUCCAUGCAACCUCUCCUUAUAUCUCCUCCUGAUACCCAAUAUAACCUUUCUCUAUAACUCCUCCUAUUACUCCAUAUAACCUCUCCCUAUAACUCCUCCUAUUACUCCAUAUAACCUCUCUAUAACUCCUCCUAUUACUCCAUAUAACUCUCCCUAUAACUCCUCCUAUUACUCCAUAUAACCUCUCUCUAUAACUCCUCCUAUUACUCCAUAUAACCUCUCCCUAUAACUCCUCCUAUUACUCCAUAUAACCUCUCCUAUAACUCCUCCUAUUACUCCAUAUAACCUCUCCUAUAACUCCUCCUAUUACUCCAUAUAACCUCUCUCUAUAACUCCUCCUAUUACUCCAUAUAAACUCUCCCUAUAACUCCUCCUAAUACUCCAUAUAACCUCUACCUAUAACUCCUCCUAUUACUCCAUAUAACCUCUCUCUAUAACUCCUCCUAUUACUCCAUAUAACCUCUCCCUAUAACUCCUCCUAAUACUCCAUAUAAUCUCUACCUAUAACUCCUCCUAUUACUCCAUAUAACCUCUCUCUAUAACUCCUCCUAUUACUCAAUAUAACCUCUCCCUAUAACUCCUCCUAUUACUCCAUAUAACCUCUCCCUAUAAUUCCUCCUAAUACUCCAUAUAACCUCUCCCUAUAACUCCUCCGUUUACUCCAUAUAACCUCCCCCUAUUACUCCAUAUAACCUCUCCCUAUAAUUCCUCUUAUUACUCCAUAUAACCUCUCCCUAUAACUCCUCCUAUUACUUCAUAUAACCUCUCCCUAUAACUCCUCCUAUUACUCCAUAUAACCUCUCCCUAUAACUCCUCCUAUUACUUCAUAUAACCUCUCCCUAUAACUCCUACUACUUAUAUAACCUCUCCCUAUAAAGUCCAUCUUUAUAUAUAACUUUAUAUAACCUCCAUCAUUCCUCCAAUUGCACCAUGUGACUUCGUCCUGUAAUGUCUCAUGAUGUUCAAUAUAAUAGCUAUGUUGAUUUGUAUCUAUGUAUUGUUGAAAAUGUGCUUGGGAGUUUUUUUUGGUACAGACGAUCGUUUUAUCGUUCCUGGCCAUGUGUGCCUGUUCACUGAUAAGGACACACAUGAUAAAAUACAUUUGUACUGGGUUUAAAAUGCUGUAUUCAGUAUACUUUAGCUAGUUUAAUUAGCACUUCGUAAUAAGUCAGUGAUUAUUAGUAAUAAUUCAAUGAUUCCUAAAAAGUGAAAAUGUCAGUAGAAACUAAUUGGCCAUCUUGCAUUUUCUAUAGGAGUAUUUUGAUUAUAAGCUCUGUAAUUUAGGAGCAAUGUUAAAGAAUUACUCCAACCUUUUGCCCAACUUUUCUUAUUCUUUCAGUCUUUUCAAGAAGCACCUAUUAACUAUCUGCGACUUGCCCCCCCCCUUUCACCCCUACUCCAGGCACCAUAACAACAUUAUCUAAAUGAAGUAGAUUUUGGGGUGUCACUGAUUGGCUGAGACCGUCAGCUGUCUGCUCUCAGCCAAUCAGCGCUACACUUGCCUAGAGGCACUCUGCGCUUCCAAAAACUGAAAUUGAGUUCAGCGCUGGAGGCAACUUUGGGGUUAGCCAUUCGAAAACAGUUUAACCUCUUGAGGCAAGAGUGCACCCGAGGGCCUCCUGGCACUAUAACAACUUAAUUUAGAUGAAGUUGUUAUGAUGCCUAAACUGUCCUUUUAAAACUUACCCGGUAUCCAGAAAUGGGUGAGGUCUCCUUUUCCUUUGCUCAUGCCGUGUCACUCUUUCCCUAUUCAAGGUAAAACCAAAUGUGAAGCAUCGUUGGACAUCGCGAACAUGUGCAGACAGCAGCGCAAAUGUGCUGGAAACAUUAAGUGAAUAAAGGGUUGGGACAAAAAGAAGCACAAUACAUACUGGCAGGGAGGGGACAAUUUUUCAUGGCCAAAUGUAGGGGAGAAAACAAAAAACAAAAAAUUAAAAGAGCAUGUAGGGAGGCAGGUUCAAGACCAAUUAGUAGACAUUUAGUUGGACUGUGUGUGUGCGAGAUGCAUGCGCACUGUCCAGCAUGCUUCUACUUGCAGGCACACUCACAGCGGUGUUUGCAAGUGAAGAAGCGCGUGCUGAUGACCUAUGUAAUUUUUGCACAGGACUUACAUUAGGAAUUUUGGAACAUAGUCAUGUGAGCUAGCGGUGCAAAAGUACUGAUUUCUCGAGCUGAAUCUCUGCUCAUACAGAUUGGAUUGCUCCAUGACCACUUCUAAAAGCAGAAGGGGUCACAGAGUUUGGCGUGACCAUUUAACGUUACUUUAAACCAGAGUACAUUAUCAUUCAUCAAAAGUUAAACAUUUCUGUUCAUUAGCUAUGGAGCUAUAUAUAGUGGAGGCAUGUUUUUGAUCUGUUUUGUAUAGGUAAGCAUAGAAGGUGUUUGUGAGUUUUGUGUGUUUGAGAGGUUUGGCAUGCAAAGCCCGAGAAGGCAGCUUUUAUUCGCUAAACACCGAACUGUAGUAUAUUAAAAGCUGAAUUGCAAAAUGUAAUCAAAAACAGCCAAACUGCGACUAUAGAUGAGGUUUUUAAAAAAAUAAAUAUAUGUGAAAUUGUCUAAUUUGGGCUAUUUUUCCAAUUUACUUUUUAAUUCACUACAGUUCACUGUUUAAUGAAUAAACCCCUUUAUGUUAGCACGAAGUGGGUGUGUUGUCACAGUUUGUUUUUUUGUAUUUGUUAAUCCUGCAUGUGAGAGGUAUUGGGCAUGAAUCAUUCAUGGAAGGUGUGUUUGAGCGCUGCAGGUCUAUUAUAGUGGAUGCUUUUUGCGAGCCUAACUCAGAAAGGAGUUAGUAAAGUUUUGGGGUUCCUCUAAUGUGAUCUCCAAUCAUUCUUUAUUGCCCAAUGUAUUUUGAUAUUACACCUGACCAUGUCUCCUGUCUUAUAUCUGGACCUGUAAUGAAAUAAUUAGAUAUAAAUUAACUUCCCAUUUAAUUCUUUCAAUUAGAUUAGCAACAUGGAAGUUAAUGAAAGUGCAGAUUCACUAUGAGAGAGCAUACCGAGAGAGUCACAACUGCAAUAGUAAUAUUAAUCUUCAUGGAUUUAUUUAUGUUUGUUGUGUUAGAGCCCACACAGUGCUACCAAUUUUAGGUGUCAUAAAAGUACAAAUUUGCUCCAAGAGCUGACAAUCUAACAGCAAUCAGAGCUGGAUGGAAAGAGAGAGCUAUAAGGUGACAGUUUGCCCUUUGGGGUCAGGCAAGAGACGGAUGUUUAUCCCCCGGGCUUGUGUCCCGUGACUGCCCCUCCCUCUCUAGUGCUCGUCCCCUCCCUGUCACAGGGGGGGGAUAUUUCAGGUGUUGGGAUGCAGGCCUUGGCUGGGAGCCAUGAACUGGGAAGACCUCAGGAGCUGGCAAAUUGCCCAGGCCCCUGUCUGGUACAGCAUGUACUUCACCAGUGGGUGGGGGGGGACCUGAGGAGAGGGAGAGGAGGACUGAGGGGGAAAUUCUGCAGAUAUUCAUCUUCACUGAGGUGUCCACUGUAAAAUUAACCUCUGCACUGCUGGAUUGAGAAUAUGACAAUAGCUUCCCAUUGUGUUGGCGGUGAGAUCCAGGGAGUGUUAAUGUGUGCACAAGGUGUUACUGCGUUCAGGGCUGCAAGUUCACAGGCACAGAAAAAAGUUCUGGAAUCUGGAGUCUGGCUGUGCCACCGCAGACUGACCUAGUGACACAGAUAACAGCAGAAUAGCCUGUUUGUCAAUGUGCAAGGUGGCGAGGGCGCAGAAGCUAUGGGCCAACAGGAUCUAAUCAUGGGUUGGGGGGAGCAAAAUAAUAGGCAUGGGGUGCCCAAAAGGUAGAUCCCCAGAGGUUUUAAAACUACAGCUUUCAUGAUGCUUUGUCAUUCUAAAGGCAGGCAAAGCAUCAUGGGAGUUGUAGUUCUGCAACAUCUGGUGAUCUAUCUUUUGGGUAACCCAGUUAUAGAGUCUCCACUGUUUGAGAACUACAGCUCGCAUGAAGCUUUGACAGGCUUAAGGCUGCCAAGGCCACGUGGGUGUUGUAGUACUACAACAAAUAGAGAUCUAUGCUUGUGCCAUCCCUGGUCUAACCUUACCUGCUGCUACAAUAACAGAGUUUAAAGGCCAGUGCGAAUUUGGAUAUGAGAUAAGGAGUCAUCCCUCCCACUGAAGGGUGAGCCUGUUAAAAAAAUAAAUUUAAAAAAAGGAGAGAUAGCUAUAAGACAUAGGUUCAGUUCCUCCUACUGAAGGGUGACACUGAUAAUAAAUAGAUUAAUGGACCCAUUCCCCUCACUGAAGGGUGAGGAUAUCUAUAGGGCCUGGGUUUGGUAGCUCCUACACUACAGGGUGACAGACAGAAAAGGAGAAGGUAGCUAGAGGACACAGUCUGUCCUUUCAUGGUGACACAUGUAUGUGUACCGAGUCUUGCCUGACCCUGGUGAGACAGACAGGAGGUGUCUGCAGGGAUUAUCUUUAUGAGUACAGUAAAAUAGUUUGCCUUACCCCAUGCAACCUUUGAAAUGUUAUGUAUGCAUGUUCUAAUGUAUAUAAUGUUUACCCUAGCUCAAAACAAGCCCAUUCCAGAGGAACCACUCCCUGCAAUUGAGCCUGCUACUUCCGCAUAACUACAUAUCUCUGCAGAUUUUCCAGUGCGUCCCUGCAUAUCUCUCCAACCCACUGUACAAACCUGUGUAUCUGUUCACCUCUCUAUACCACCACCCUGUAUAUCUAUCCACCUCUCUAUACCUCCACCCUGUAUAUCUAUCCACCUCUCUAUACCACCACCCUGUAUAUCUAUCCACCUCUCUAUACCUCCACCCUGUAUAUCUAUCCACCUCUCUAUACCACCACCCUGUAUAUCUAACCACCUCUCUAUACCACACUGUAUAUCUAUCCACCUCUCUAUACCUCCACCCUGUAUAUCUAUCCACCUCUCUAUACCACCACCCUGUAUAUCUAUCCACCUCUCUAUACCACACUAUAUAUCUAUCCACCUCUCUAUACCUCCACCCUGUAUAUCUAUCCACCUCUCUAUACCACCACCCUGUAUAUCUAUCCACCUCUCUAUACCACCCUGUAUAUCUAUCCACCUCUCUAUACCACCCUGUAUAUCUAUCCACCUCUCUAUACCACCCUGUAUAUCUGUACCUCUCUAUACCACCACCCUGUAUAUCUAUCCACCUCUCUAUACCACACUGUAUAUCUAGUUUACCUCUCUAUACCACACUGUAUAUGUUUCCACCUCUCUAUACCACCAUGUAUAUCUAUACACCUCUCUAUACCACCACCCUGUAUAUCUGCUCACCUCUCUAUACCACCCUGUAUAUCUGCUCACCUCUCCAAACCACCUUGUAUAUCUGUUCACCUCUCUAUACCACAGUACAUAUAUAUUCAUAUCUCUCUGCAUAUCAGUUGAGCUCUAACUGCCUUCCUCCAUAUCAGUUCACCUCUCUGAACCUCCACGCAUAUCUGUACACCUUUUUACACCCCUUUACAUAUAUAUUCACCUCUCGAGGCCUCCCUAAACUCUGAACAGAUUUUUCACCUCUCUGUCUGGAUAUCUGCACAGGUAUCUAUACUUACCUCCAUAUCUGGUCACCACUGUACCUUGCUCUCUCGCUAUCUAUAUAGAUAUAUAAAUAGUAUCUCUACUUCCCUGCAUGGCUGUCACAUUUCUGGACUUCCCUGCAUAUGUUUAAAUGUGUUCUUCGCUCUGAAUCUGUCCUUGCCUCCCACUAUAAAUAUGCACCAUGUUCUCCCAAGUGAUUUAUUUAGGCUUGUUUCUGCCCCAGGCCUAACUACGUACACAUAUCCACAAAGCAUUAUAUAUUUUUCUAUACACUUUUAUUUCUAAUACCCUGCUUGUGUAUGCUCUACAUCCCUGCAUAUACCUGUACCUUCUAUGUCUCUGUCAUUGUUGAGCCUGGAAAUGACUCCGAGUUCUUUUUAUGAAUAGCUAUUAUUGAACAUACAGAGGUAUGGCCAAUAUUUGGGAAGAUACAGUGCAAUUCUCCAAAUCAAAUCUUUUUAGAUGGUGAAGAAUUGGAAGUUUCUGUUUAACAAUAAUCUAUUCCCAGACAGAAACGGUUAAAAGCAGAAGAAAGCUAAAAUCCGCAAUCCUUUGGUCUGGACAUAUGUCCACAGAAACACUUACUGAGACAGGUGACUGCCAGAGAAAAUAAUUGCAACGUUUUCCUACAAUUUCCCCCCAUCCCUAAUGGUCCCCAUCCCUCACUCUCCACUGAACUCAAUGACAUUUGUCAGGAAUACAGAUACAGUUCUUGAGCUCAGUUCAAAUAUAGAUAUUAUAUUAAUGCAGGCACAGAAAAUGGCGUCCGAGUACUUCAUACCAGGAUGACGUUAGAGAAAAAGGCUAUUUUGCAUUCACAUCUCCAUAGAGAGGAUUUUAUUCCUAUUUAUUUUUUUCUAGAAAUUAAUGGUAUUUCAAAGAAAACAAGCUGAUAUUAGCACCAAUUAGGCAGAAAAAAAAUUGAAUGACACUUAGGGGUCUGUUCACUAAUCAAAGUUACAGUUACUUAAAGAGAUACUAAUUACCAACCCUUUCCCAUAAUAUCAUGUUAAAAACAUAUAAUGCCUCAUUGGGCAACAAAAUUUAGGUACCUCCCCCAACACCCCUAAAAUCAUAUUAAAUAAUGCAUAUAUUUACAGUGAACCCACGCCAGGCAAAGCUGGUUUGUGCGCCUUGGUCAAUGUCACAGCCUCCUUUGUGAGAUCCGGUCAAAAAGCAUUCGAUUGGACCAUUUUCACCAGCUCAAGGAGCAAAUGCAUGCUCUGAGACAGUAAGGAGAGGGAGUCAGGGUUUGGCAAUGGAAGGAAGAAGGGAAUAUUAAAAACAAAAGCAUUACAUUGCAGGGAGAGCUAAAAUAAGGGAAGGUAUCUUCAAGCUUAUAAAUGUUUGUAUCCAGCAUGCAGUGCCUGCUGAUUACGGGCAUAAUUUUACAAUAAUUGACAUUUGGCAGUCCAGCAGAGAGCCUAAGUCACGUGUGACAGGGGUGCAACUGGCCCUUGGCACAAAAGUGCUCAGUGUUUCUAGCAGAAAUGUUGCACAUACAGACUCCUACCACCAUAUCCACCAGAAAAAAACAAUUUGCUAAUUAAGGCCCUAACAGGAAAGUUGGAAAAAUUGUCCAACUCAGCUUAAUUAAAACGAUUACAUAACUUUGGUUCUCAGCUCAUCAGAACUCACUGUUUAGUGAGUAAACCCCAUGGUGUGGUGUUCGAGGGCUAUAUGUUAUAUCUAUAUGUCUGCUCUUUCAGACAUGAUGAGUAAUCGUUGCCUGGUCUCUUCUCUGUGGUCUUCUAAUCAGGUUGCUAAGAUGUGGUUGCUAAGAGCAACAGAUGCUGAUUGCGACAGAAAAGGUCCAGGUGUGUUGAAGUGAGUCGUAUGAGCAAUAGCAUUGACCCUAAAGUAUCAGCAAAAGGAGGCGGACUGCUGCUUUAAUCCACAUGUGAGAAAAGCUGACCUUCGGUGGCCAUUACGGCAGGUUAGACAACUUUGGCCUCACAGGACUUAAUUUGCUGUUUCACCUCUUUAUCACCAUUCUUACAGAAUGUUCCUUUUCAAGCACAGCGAUGAUAAUCAAUGCAAUUCUGCAUGUGGCGAGCUAUGGCUGAUGUAGUUUUAAAGAGUAAGAAUGGCAGAGAGGUACUACCUACUCUCUAGAAAACUAAAACCAUCAGUAUUGUAUGCUUUCAUUUUUCCCUUUAUCAGCCUGUCUUAUCGCCACUGACUUCCUGUGUGUUACUUUGGCUCUUUUGCUCUCUCUUAUCCUCCUGCUUAUCUUUUGUGUUUAACGCAAUUAGAUCUAAAUGCUUGCAAUAAGUAAGGAAAUCCCGAAUAAAUGGUUACUGGGAGGUGUUACAAGAAAAUGGGCUCUCAGUCCGUAUAGAUCCACAAGGAAAGCUAAAAGAACAAAAAGUUCAUGAUGGAUAGAAAAAGGCACUCAUUAAAUCACAUUUCAACAUCAAUUUAGGGAAAUUGUCUAUGUUCUUGGUGGAAUUUUCUUGCUCCUCUCUUGAAUCCUCUCUUCGUCCCCCAAUCCUUUUUCCUUUAUCUUCCUUUACCCAGUUAUUGCCGAAUGAGUUUGCCUACAAAAAGUUUAAGACUGCUUUCUCGUCUCCCUCCCUGUCAUUCUUGUUUCUAUUCUCUCACUCUCGCUUGCAUAUUUUUCUUUCUGUUUUUUCACAUUUUUCCACAUUAUCUCUCCUUUCUGCUCUGUUUCUGAUCUGAUUUUCUAAUCAUGCAGGGAAUACAGAGGGCAUGCUGUCUCUCUACAAAUAUUUGUAGAAUUUGGGAGCCAGACAGUUCUAUUCAGGAGAUGGGGUUUUUUUAAAGACAAGAAAGAGAUGAUUACAUAGAGUUCCAUACGGAACACUCAACACUCCGAAAGAAGAGGUACCCCUUGUUACUUGGGGCUCUGAUGGCUUGUAAAACCCUGUUUUGACUGUAUCAACUUCUCUCCUAUUCUUCAUCUAUGCACAUUUUCCUCUGGUUUAAUUUUUCCCGCAUCUGGUGGAAAUCAGAGUUGUUUAUGGCCGAACUCCCUUUUCCAAUCUGCAUCCUACAUCAACAUCCAAAAAUAACAUUCCUUCCUUUGGUUCUGAUUUGCAAGAUUUUCAAACAGACCGUACUUAGUUAACAUACAUGUAACGUUAAAGUAAACAUGAUAUCACAAAUCACGGGAACUGAAUUCUCUGACCGAAGGGAGACCUCAUCUUCCAAAUACAGGGGAGUACAGGCUCAUAUAUGGAGCCAACCCAAUACUGGGUGACAGUGAUUAAAUCUGGAGCCUGCUCCGCGUUCUGCUGGGCGACUCAGUUGUCAUAUUUGAGCCACCGCCUGCUUAUGUAGGGUGACAUAGAUCAAUAUGGAGCCUGCUCCACCCACUGCGGGGUGACAACAGAAAUCAAGAAAUAGUGGUUUAAUAGCCCUUUUACGGCAGGGUGAUAUAGAAAUGUUAUCUAAAACCUCCCCCACAAAGUGCAGGUUAACACAGAAAUGAAAUGCAGAGUGAUUAAGGGUUAGUCAGGUGGACGUGAUGCAAUUUAUGUUAACUGAUGCCAUGCCUGCCCAUGGAAGGGAUAUGUUAUCAAGGUGGCCGGUGAGGUGCCCUGAAUUUAUUUCCUAGUGCAUCUUGAGCAUGUUGAAAUGUGCGCUUGUCCUGUACUUUUCUCUGAUCUCCCCAGUAACAGGAAAGUAGAGAAAAUGGUGAAAACAUUACUACGUAUUGAAAAAUACCCAUCUAUAUUCAUUCAUGCUAGAGUUUUUGUGUGUAUAUUUGUGCUAAUAACAUUUGUGACACUGGGGUAUGUUGGCCUUUGUCACAAACAUCCCGUCUGUUGUGUCAGCCAUCUUGGAAGAUGAGAAAGCGAUCUUCAGGUAACUGUUUUUUUUUUUUUAAUCCGUGCCAUUCCAGUACCAAAUUGUGGUGUUAUAAAAGAUAUAUAUUUAGGAAUGUGAGUGUGUGACACAGUGUUUGUUAGUUCAGGUAUUAAAUAUUUCAAACCUUCCAACAAUGGGAGGUAUGGGCCCAAGGCUGGCCAGAAGGGAGCAGCAACAGUGGGCAUGACUGCCCAGAAAAGGAGCAAUCCCACCAUAAAGUGGACAGAACUGCUCUAAACAGAUUCGUGUUAGGCAGGUAAGUUUCCUCAGCCCAGUCUGUUGCACUUAUGCUGUUCUGAUUGUGGACACCAAAAACUCACCCAGGUUGAUGGGACAAAACUAUGAAUUUGAAGUCCAAACAAGCUCUGGGCAGUUGGGAGAUAUGAAAACUCAUAGGAGAUAGAGCCUGAAAGUCCUGAAGCUUUCCUUUACUGUAUACUGAAUUGUUCAAACUAGAUCAUUAAAAUGACAUCACUGGGCUUUUGGGCCCCAGCUCCUCAACCUGUGCUUCUGUCUUCAAUGUUGACCUUUCAGAAAUACUGUUUGCCAGCACUGCUUUAGAACACGAGUAGAAAUGCUUCUCAUUUAGUUUUUUGCGUGUCUAACCUUGUAAGAUCACUAACACCUUCUAUGUUGUGCCUGUCCUUUAUACAACAGAAUAUGUUGGUGAUUUAUAAAUAAAUAAAAAGUAUUUUAUUAAUGGUUGUGUUCGCUCUCCUGCCUUAGAUUAAGGAAGGUAAUUUUCUUCAAAUCAUUAAAUUUUCCUUGUUGUGUCUACAGGUGGCCGGAUGGGAAGCGUAAAAGAAAGAACAGUCAAUGUAUGGGGAAGAGCGGUAUGUCAGGUAGGUGGAGAGUCCUGACUGUGUUUAAUGUUAUAUAUAACAAAACUGAGAUUCUUCCUAUUGCAACAUUUAACAUAUUACCGCUUGUACUACUCCAUCGAACUCCUCCAGCAUUUGCUUACUAUAACAGCUCUCAAACAUGACAUCCCCAUUUUGUGUGAGGUGGCCCAAGGGUGAAGCUCAUUGUAGAUGUGCCUGCAUGUUCUCUACUGCAAAACCAUUUAUUUAGAUCCUAGAGCUUCAUCCACCAGGAUCACUGCUAUAUUCUUGCACAUGUACAAAAUAACAACGCCUAGUUCUACAGACAGUCCUGUGAGUCCACUGGAUUCUCCAUAGACCAACUUCUGUCACUAACAUUUUGCCCAUUAGACAAAGCAGUUCGACUUUGUCUCAGUAUAUGUUUUGAUCGCGUUGGAAUUUUAUUGAAAUUUCAUUACAGUCAACCUUUAUAUCUUUAUGAAAUACUUAUAAAGUGACCUGAGUUGCUCUAGAAUUAUUACACUUUCACCCAAAUCCUUAUACAAACUGUGUUUUCUUCCAUUUUGCUGCAUCGAUUCUCUCCUUAUUAUUUCUAUAAAAGACGUUUCAUCCUCCCUCUCUGCUAAGCUCACACUGCACUUACACACCCACUCUCCUUGUCCCUGCCUCUCUUUAUCCUUGCUGUAUUCUCAUUCAUUCAAUCUAUCCACCUAUCCUAUUGACUCCUUGCACACAGCUUUGCUUUUAAACGCCGUCCCUGCCUUUUCUGUCCCAUGGUUCUCUAACUCUUUCUUGGGUUUCCCUCCUGCUUACCCCACUCCCCUGUAAUGUCGUGUCAUAUUCUCCCUCAAAUCCAUCUCCCUAACCCGCUUUGAAAUCCAGUUAUUCUUCUCUGAAAUAGUUCCCCAUAAUGUCACUCCCUGUGGCCUAGUUGCAGCUGGUGAUAUUUUUAGAUGGUGGGGUGCUGCCCACUUGACUUGCUGGGCUCUACCUGUUUAACCCCACAGUUCAAAACUAGAUCCAUCUCCAGUUAUUAAUAAAGGGAAGAAUGUAAACUGUGGAUAUAAUUUUUCUAACAAACAUGUAUUAGGCCUUACAAUGCCAAUAGAUUUGUGCAGGUUUUUGUAUUUAUUUUUUUACAACAUAAACUGGGGGUCACUGCCCAUGACAGGCUCCACCACCUUUGCCUCUAACAAAUCUUACCCGAUACUUUAACUGUCCUUCUGCAUUACAAUGUCUUGACCAUCUCUCUGCCCCUCCGUUCUUUUCUUAUCUCCCCUCUCUCUUCUAGCUUUCCAUUCGAUUUUAAACCUAAUCUCUUGUUCGCCAACUCUGCCUUUAAAUUGCUUUUUAUCUUCCCUUCGCUCUCCAUAAUGUUCUCACCCCAUUCCCCAAGCUGAUGCCCGGCCUGUGUUCACCCUGUUUUGAAUCCUGCCCUCUAACCUUCUCUGAUCUGUGUUUAAACAGAAGCCCUGUUAUAAAACAGAAAAAAAAAUUGCUUCCGAAAUAGCGAGAGAGACCCACAAUAAUUGCCCAUUACACAAUGAACUGGCUUUGUGUGUGUAUGUCUGUGUGUCUGGCUUUGUUUACCUAUUAACUGUAUAUGCACUAUGUUUUCCUCUGCACCUGACAUGUGGUAGUCUGUUUUUGUAUGUCAAUGGCCCUGACUUCCUGUUAAUUCAUAUAAUUUUAUUUGUGAAAAUAAGAAACGUAUAAACAUGUGUGCCUUUUUUUUUUUUUUUUUGUUAAUAUUUGUUUGCAUUUUUUUCUUUGUAUGUGUAAUGUGCUAUGUCUAGAAAAUGACAUAGUGGAGGGAGCUAUGGGACAUCAAGUCUGUCCCUAUCCCCCAGAGUGAUUCUGUGAAAAUGGCCUGAAUAAGAUUGUGUCCCUCCUCUCACCCGGUGACACAGGUGACAGCUCGAUGUCUCUGCUCUCUGCAGGGUACAUCCCUAGCUACUUGGACAAAGAUGAGCCGUGCGUGGUGUGCAGUGACAAGGCCACAGGAUACCACUACAGAUGUAUCACCUGUGAGGGUUGCAAGGUGAGUGACCAACAGGUGGCACUUUUGCUUCUGACUUCUGUUCGUUUAGCUGACCCCUAACAAUAUCUCAAUGCCUAGUGCCCACAUCCUCCCACAUUACAUGGACCAAUAUGCCAGCGCAGGAAAGGAUGCACAUAAUAAUAUGGGAAUUACGUUAAUUCUAAGGGCAUACAUGGUGGCAUAGGAGAUGCAUGAGCAAGACUUAGCAGAGAGGAACAAAUGGAUUUUAUGUAGGGAUAUGGAACGGUUCUAGAAAGAAGUAUGUAAGAGAAGGGGAAUGCAUAAGAGACUCUAUGGAAUAGUAUGGGAUCGAAGGAAAAUAAUUGGACUGGCAGUAAUGAAAAAAUUUGGACUGGAAUUAUGAAUUGGACUGGAAGUAAGCAUGUUGGUUGUAGAACGUUUAAGAGCAGGAAACAGACAAGCUGCAUAAGGCAGACGUCUAAUGGAUUAGCUUUGCGGGUUUUUACUAGAUUAUCUGUAAGGAGGGAUCUAAUGAGUCCACAUAGCAAAUCUGCCAGUUAUAAAAGGAAAGGGGAUCUAAGGGGAAUGGAAGGAAAAGUCAUCUGCUGGGACUGAUGGAAAAAGAUGAUAUGCAGCAAAUGAAAGGAAAGGUGAUCUGUCAAAAGUCGUAGGAAAUUAAAUCUGCUGGAGGUGAUAGGAAAAAGUGAUCUGACAGAAGUGAUAGAAAGGUGGCUUGAUUGGAGUGAUUAGAAAGGUAAUCAACUGUGUAUUUUGAAAUGGCAAGCAGUUGAAAGUGAUAAUAAUAACGAUUGUGUGCAGACAUACGUCUAAAAAAAGAGUUAUUUAAUAAACAGAAUAUUUCUGAAUUAAAUCCAUAUGGCCAAAUUAAGGCUAAAAAUCAUCAACAGUCACAGCUCCGCUAUUUUUCUUAAAUUUUACCAUUCAUAUGUAAUUCACUAGAAGGUUAAUGUCCCAGUAGGUGCAUUGCUAGGGAGGUGUGUGUGAAGAGUGAGUAGAAUUUUUAAUAAGCAGAGGUUUUAAUGAAGGAAAUCUGUCAUUGGGUUAUUAGAAAGGCAUCCAGAAGUAGUAUGAAGACUAAUCUUCGAGCGGUUAUAAGAACAGGCAUCUACAGUUAUAACAUCUGUCAAAUGACCUUUCCUAGAUCAACCAGCAGAUUACCCUUCGUUUUAACUUCUACAAGAUUAUUUUUCCAACAUGAAGCAUGGUUAUACUGAAGGUAAUCUGCCGAAGGUGCAAGAAAAAAUUAUUUGCAGAAAUUACAGAAUAAAUAUGCUGUAGGUGAGGAACCCAGCAUGGGAAAAAAGUAAUUUCUGGGUAGUUAUAGGGAAAGUAAUAAGUUAUGUGUUCUAGCAAAGGUAACAUGGAAGAGAUUAUAUGAAAUGUAAUCUGUUAGCGUUAUUGGGAAGAUAACAGGCCCUACAAAUUACCCUUAUGUUAUUUGUGGUGUUAAAGGAGAACUAGACUGCCAAGAGCUACCUGUCAGAGCUUUCUUCAAGACAUUAUAGGAGAAGGUAAUCUGUCAGAGGUUACAUGAAACGUAAUCUGCCCGGGAUUAUAGAAAACCUAAUCUGUUAGGGAUCGAAGGAAAUGAGUCACAUGUAGGUUGCUUUUGUAGGAAUAUAGAAAUAUGUAAUAGUCUAAGGGCUAUAUGUAUAGUAAUCUUCUGUGAAUUAUAAAAAAGUUAGACUGUUAGUUAUAGGAAAUAUAAUCCUAUAGGGUUAUAGAAAAUAUGCUAUGACAUAAAUUAUUAUGAGUUAUCAGAAAGGUAAUCUGCCAGAAUGUGUAGGAACAGUAAUCUGCCAGGAGUCGUAUGAAGCGUAUCCUGCUAGAUUAUAGGCAAAUUAAUCUGGAAGGGAAUGGUAAUCUGCCAGAGGAUAUAGGUAAGGUAUGCUUUUGGGUUUUGCUGGAAAGAUAAUCUACUGGGGACUAGGGUAGCUAUGUUGUUUUCAAGGAGUUAAAGGAAGGUGGUAAACAUUUGGGGGUUGUGGUAAUCUGCUUAUAUUUUUAUACUUUGGAAAGGUAAUUUGUCAGGAGUCUGAUAAUCUUACCGUUAUAUAAGAAAGGUAAUUUAUUUAGAGUUAUAUGCAUACACGGUCCAAAAUGAGUUAUUGGAACGGUAAUCUGUGGGGUUUUAUCAGAAGGGUAAUUUGUGAGAAAUUAUAUAAACAUUAUUCUGUCAGAAAUUCUAGAAAAGGUCAUAUGAUGGUAUUUAUAGGAAAAUGUCAUGUCCUAAGGGAUUAUUGUAUAAGGUAAUCUUCUGGGAGCCAACAGGAAGGUAAUUAUAAACAGUAUUAUUUAUAGCACACCAGUUUAUGCAGCAGCCCUGUAUGGAAGUUAUAGUAAACCAAACUAAUUGUGACAGACAGGUUAAGGGGAACAAAUUUGAGGGGUGCUGAAGGCCGUGCCCAAUGAGUUUAUCAUAUAGAAGAAGAAGAAUCUGACAAUCAGGUCGAGGACAAAUUCAUGCAGUGAGGAACCAAGAUUGCAGGUGUAUGAAAUGGCUAUGAUGAAAAAAGAUGAAAUAGAGUAACACUAACCUUGUGUGAUGAGACAUAGAUACACUGGUGUGGUUAGAUCAUUUAGAAGGUAAUUUAAUAUGCUUUUAAGAAAUAGGGAUUUUUCGGGAUUUUUCAAAGGAGUCCAGGAGUAAGUUUGAGAAAAGUUUUUUAAGGCAAGAGAGAGCAAACCCCAGUGUGAUUUGGAAAGGAGGGUUUGAGUAAUAGACAAGAUUACUGGAAGCAAAGCAGUCGGGAAGGUAAAUGCAAGUUAGAGAAAAUAUUUAGUUUUAAGUGUAGUAGUUGAGACGUUGUUACAAGGGUAAAAUAAAACAAAGAAUGAUAAACUGUGCCAAUGGGACAGAAGAGAAAGGGGGAACAAAAUAUGAAUAAUACAAUUACACAUACAAAUACACAGACAUAUAGUUAAUUUAAAAAAAAUCUUCAUAUACACACCAGUGUCAAGCUUUAAGAAAUAUAAAUACAAAAUAAUAAUAGUGCAGAAUGAAAUAAGAAAUAGAGUGAAAUAUAGUAGAUAUGCCAAAAAAAAAAAAAGGCACUCACGUCUUAUAGAGCUACUAAAAGUUUGAAUAUUUUCAACAUGGACAAUCCUCGUCUUAGGAUAAAUUGCAGCCAGGGAUAACAGGUGUCUUCCAUGUGGUAACUCAGCAAUAUAUGUAGAUAAAAAAAAAAUUUAAAAAAAAUUGAUCAAUUGCACAGUAUAUAAUACAAUGAAUUGUAUAUUGAAUACAUGAAGACAUUCUACUUACAAACUCCAGAGCAUGGGUCUGCUCUUGGUGUGGAGGGCUCUGGUGGUUUGAUCCCCACCACAAAUAAAGGUGAAGCGGGAUGCCAGCUAAAAAUCAGUAUAUAAAAAGGAGCUAAACUGUAGGACAGAUAAAAGUUCACACUUAACUUAAUUGACCCUGGGGCUUCAUCAAAAGUUUUGAGGAAGCCUCAAGGUGAAACCUGUUAAGAGUGGUGAUGAGUAGUGGGGAAAUAUUGGCAUGAGACAGCAAUUUAGACGGGAUACAAUAUUUUUAUGGUGAAGUUUGUAGAAUGUUGAGGAAGGAACGGAUGUGAGCAGUAAGAGAGGUCAGAGACAGAUGUAAAGCUAAGGUAGAAAGGUUCUGUUUCAAGGUUCGUGGAUGUACCAUUGACCUGAAAGUAGAGUAACAAAGGAAGCUCUGUGUUUUUCUAUGAGUGCUUUGGACACUGUUGCUUUUUUCAUAUAGGGCUUCUUUCGGCGCACCAUUCAGAAGAACCUGCAUCCCUCUUACUCCUGCAAGUAUGAUGGCUGUUGCAUCAUUGACAAAAUCACCCGAAAUCAGUGCCAGCUUUGCCGCUUCAAGAAAUGUAUCGCAGUGGGCAUGGCAAUGGAUCGUGAGUAUGCAAAAAGAAAGAAAGGGCUAGGGAGGAGGGGAACGGAAACAGAAGUUGGGAAACAUUGCUUGACUAAGCAGAUUAUUAGACACUCACCCGCUUUUUAAGGAAGGUUGAUGUAAACUUGGGUUAAUGAGUUACUCAAAGUUGUAAAAAGCCUUUUUAGCGAACUGAAACCCACCCACAUUCAUGCCAUCUUGAAAUCUUUCCCAGUUGUCCUGGAUGAUUCCAAGCGGGUAGCCAAGCGGAAGCUGAUAGAGGAGAAUCGUGAGCGGCGCCGAAAAGAGGAAAUGAUCAAGACAUUGCAGCAGCGGCCGGAACCAAGCAGUGAGGAGUGGGAACUAAUACGGAUAGUGACAGAGGCACACCGGAGCACGAAUGCACAGGGCAGCCAUUGGAAACAGCGCCGAAAAUUCCUGGUAAGACAAGGAGACUCAAGGUGCAAUUAAACUGAUACAUGUGACAAAAGGGCAGAGCUGUCUACAGAAAAUAUUCGGGGGCAUUAUCUGAAUAGACACUGUCAUUGUAAGAAACCAUAUAAGUCAAAGGAAUGGCAAUAUUUGGGGGCGAGGGAUAGUUACCCCCUUUUGGCCUGUGUUGCAGACACCCAUGCAUGGGAGAGGAGACAAAGAAAAGGGAUGAGUUGCAGGGAGGGUUUGGUUAUAUUUGCAGAAUAGUAUCACAAAUUUAACAGAUUAGUUUCUCCAAUGUCACCAUGUUUCAGUCCUUUCAAUUUGCCUUAAUCAGAGACCCCAGGGUGUAGUAGCAGGUUACAGUGAAACAUAACUAUCUCCCACUAAACAUGAAAUCGUAGUGAUUUCUUUAAGCAAACAUCCUGUGCAGAUGGAGAGGCUGUGACCCCUGCGAGAGAUCGAACAACAUCUGUUAAUCCCCACUAGCAAGAGUGCAAGGCUGCUAGUGAGUGUGCGAGGGGAGAUGCAGGGACACAUAUGCAAUAGCAUAUGUAUGACAUGGGAGUCAUAUCUCAUCCACUGUGCAGCAUUCAUUUACCUGUGCUUGUUUGUUUAGUAAUUAUAUUUCCUGCAGUUGUUAGAAAAGGAUCCAUUUUUAAUAAUAUUUUAAUUCUCUGUGUAUGAAUUAUUGCUUGUAGCUGAGAGUGACAAUAGACAUUAAAGGUUGGUGGCAUUAGACCAUAUUUUACCUGUAGAUCAGGGGGUAAGAUUUUGUGCACCAUUAUGGUAGUUACUAAAUCUCAGCCCUGCUAUUGCCUCCUGUUAUGUGACGUUCUUAACGUACAGAUUUUGUUAAAAUUGAGCCACAGUAGUACUGAUUAAUGAUGAUAUGUUAGUUUCUAGAACUGUACGCUUGUGACAUCACGUAACACUCCUUUGAGGUGUCCUUCUGUACCUCCUGGUGAACACUGAUGAAUAACCUUUUUUCUUUUUGACUUUGUAGUUUGCCAAUGUAAGGCACAUGCUAUCAUUCUUUUAGAGAUUGUUCCCCUUGUAGUUUGCCAAUGUAAGGCACAUCAAAUACUUUUGCAAGUUAUGUGACCAAUGCACAUACAAGUCAAGCACCAACUACUGGCCUCUUUGGAGACCUACUCGAUACAUAUUGUUACUUUGAAAAUGAAGUGCUACUUGUCUCGUCUUUUUAAUAUUUGGCACGUGAUACCGGUUGGCAGUCAAAGUAGCAUAACUCCUGUUUGCAGUCACAUUUUUGGUUUUGUUAUUUGAUGACAAUUAUGAUAUAAAAUUAUUUUAUACUUUUAAGAGUGUAGAUGGAAGGAGAAAGGGACAGGGGUUCCAUUGAGCCAUGUGGAUGACUCAAGCAGACACGUUUUUCUUAAGUUCAUCAGAGGGAAAUUUAAAAAAAAAAAAAAACCUUUUCAUCUGAGGUUUCUGUAAUUUUGCAUAUUUUCCUAGUUAAAUCAUGUACACAAACUUAGUAUUAAUAUGUAGAAAAGUUACAAUUGGAAACAGACAGACUUUUAAGUCAAACAAAAGACCCACCUUAAAAAUAUAGAGGCGAUGCUUGCUUUUGAGGAACUGUUGCUGUAAUGUACUUUUUAACAACACAUGCUGGUGCUUGUCUCUGUAUGUAGCACAGCACUUGUCUCUAUGUUUAGCAUUGCAUUCUGUACCAAUCUCUCUCGGUUUAGUAGUAUAUACUGGGAUAUAGCUUCCUGUAUGAAGCAAUACAGACGUUUGCUUCUCUCUGUUACAAUGUAUUCUCAACAGUUCAUAUUGCAACCAUCAGUAGCUGUGCAUGCUGUGAUCGUUCUCUCUUAGUAAAUACAUGCAAAAUUGUAAAGGUCAUGUACUAACAAUGCUCUGUGUAUAGCAAUACAUACUAAGGCUUUUUUCAUCUUUAUUAAAAGUAAUUUUUUUUAAAGGCAAUGGGGGGCAGGGGGAGGACAGAAAGAAUCCUUUAAUACGGAAAAAAAAAACUAUUGGAAUUUUUAGGACUAUAGGCUCCUUUUAAUGGUUGGACAUCUAGAAUGUUUUUGAAUAGGAGUAGUCCGUUUAUAUCAGUCUUUUGAGAUUAUUAUUGUUCUGAGAUUGAUAUUGUUUUGUUUUUCUACUCCACCAUCAAACCAAUGCAGUUGUCCCAUAGGCAAAUCAAUCACUGUAGUAAUGCCUAUGGUAUAUUUUAACUUGCCAUCAGUUGGUUAUGGCCUUAUUGAAUAUAUUGGGCUAUUCCAUGGUCAUAGGAAUCUUUUGAGAGGAGUGAUGUCAGCCAAUCCUUAAAGGGACACUAUAGUCACCAGAACAACUAAAGCUUAUUGAAUUUGUUCUGGUGAGCAGAAUCAUUACCGUCAGGCCUUUUGCUGUAAACACUGUCUUAAAAGAGAAAAUGCAGUGUUUACACGACAGCCUAGUGAUAACUUCACUGGCCACUCCUCAGAUAUAUGUUAGAGAUCCUUCCUGGGUCAUGGCUGCCUAAAAUGCAUCCAAACAUUCAGUGUCUCCUCCCUCUGAUGGAGACACUGAACUUUCCUCAUAGACAUUCAUUGAUUUAAUUCAAUUCAAUUGAGAUGCUGAUUGGCCAGGGCUGUGUUUGAAUCCUGCUGGCUCUGCCCCUGAUCUGCCUCUUUGUCAGUCUCAGCCAAUCCAAUGAGGAAGCACUGUGGAUCAAGCUACCACUUCUGAUAAUGUCAGCAGACUGCUUGUUUUUUGUUGUUGUUGAGGCAAACAGCAUGCAGAUCUACAGCUUCUGGCUUGAAUACAGUGAUAUUUUGCUAUAUUUAUAGAGGCAUGAGGGGCCCAGGGGGGCUAGAUGUUGGUGUUAACACUAUAGGGUCACUAUAGGGUCAGGAAUACAUGUUUGUGUUCCUGACCCUAUAGUGCUCCUUUAAUUUUUUUUGAUGGCAAUGAGAGUAGUCUUAAAGCCAUUUAAAUGUAGUGUUUCUACAGUGUUGUCUGUAGAUAGAUCCAUCCAUCUGAGAUCCAGAAAGGUCAAUAGGAGACUUGGCUCACAGUUGAUCAGCGUUGGCAUCGCCUUGAUGUCCUGCUUCAGAAAUUUCUCCCAGUAAUUUCUGGCAGGCCAGGACAUGGUUUCAAUAAGUCCAUGAUCCCCAAAGAAGUUUUUAUGAUCUAGUGUCAUGAGUAUGCUUUUGUACCGAGUUACAUACAUUGUACAGUGGUAGAGGAAACUGUUUCUUGGCUUGAAUACAAAGCCAGGUGGAGUGACAAUAGUGAGCUAUAUUGUUUCAGGGCAUGACAUCUACUGAACACUGAAAACCUCCAGCAAAUAUUAAACCAGUUUGACAUAUAAACAAUUUCACGUAAUUAAUCUAUUGAAAAAGCAGUAAAGCUAGCAUUGUGGAAUACGAUGAGGGGUAUGUAUAAGGGGAUUGUCCGAUAAUUAAUUGAAAAUAGUUUGGCAGUUUAAUAGUUUGACAUCAACGUAAAGGCAUGACCAUAUAACGAUCGUGACCACUGGCCAAUCUGGGUUGAAAAGUAUUGUUUACCAUUUUUGGACACCAGAUUGUAUGCCCCCUUUCAGUCCAGCGUGGUGAAGUAGUAGUUGCAUGCAAACAGUUGUAUAGUUCUGGGAAAGUGUGCAAGGUUACAAGUCAUGUUCUUUUUCUCGAUACAAAGAAAAAUCGUGCUUUGGGUUAGUGAGGGGCAUCUUUGGAUUUUGGAGGUUCUAAAUUAUAUACUCCUCAAUGGUGGCUUUCUCAAACAUUUUUUUUUUCUUUCCUCUUAAGAAGGCACAGAAGAUAAUCAGAAUAAACCAGAGGUGUGGCCACUAGAUCUUAGAAUGGUCAAAAUAAACCAAAGAAAUACAGUAUUAGAAAGUAGAAAGCAGAAAAAUUAUAGGGGUGUUAAUCACAUAUAAAAGCAUCAUUAGAGUUAGCCACAUUUAACUACAUCAGAUUAGACAAUACAAUCAGAUGACACAACAAACAAAAAAGUUAUUUGAGCCAGUUGAGAGACAAACAGCUUGUAAAAUGCCCUGUUAGUGAAUGACGCAGGCAUUUCAGCUGGUGCCUGUCUCUCUGUAUAGCUUACUGCUACCUGUCACAUCAAUUGAAGUAUUGCAAGUUUGCAUCUCUCUCUCUGUGAAGCAGUGAAUACCUGUGCCUUUCAGUCUGGGCACAGAUGUACAUAUUGACCCCUUUCACGCUUAGCACAGCAAUGCAUACUGGCACGUGUCACCCUGUAAAGAGCUGUACAUAUCCUUGCCUUUCGACGUGUGCACAUGGUACCUGCAACUCUAAUUACACCAGCACAUCUCAUAUUGAAUCCUUUCUCCGUGUGCAGUAAGAUGUGCUGGGACCUGUCUCUGUGUACAGCGGUGUAUACUGGACUCUGUAUCUCUUUGUGUAGCUGUGCAUAAUUGAAACUGUGUCUCUGUGUACACUGGACUCUGUGUGUGCAGCUAUACAUGCUGAGGCCUGCCUCUCUGCAUGCAGCAGUGCAUACUGGGAUCUGUCUCUCUGUGUGCUGCAGUACAUACUGGGAUCUGUGUCUCUGUGUGCUGCAGUGCAUUCUGGGAUCUGUCUCUUUGUGUGUUGCAAUGCAUACUGGGAUCUGUCUCUGUGUGUGCUGCAGUGCAUACUGGGAUCUGUCUCUCUGUGUGUUGCAGUGCAUACUGGGAUCUGUCUCUCUGUGUGCUGCAGUGCAUACUGGGAUCUGUCUCUCUGUGUGCUGCAGUGCAUUCUGGGAUCUGUCUCUCUGUGUGCUGCAGUGCAUUCUGGGAUCUGUAUCUCUGUGUGUUGCAGUGCAUACUGGGAUCUGUGUCUCUGUGUGUUGCAGUGCAUACUGGGAUCUGUGUCUCUGUGUGUUGCAAUGCAUACUGGGAUCUGUAUCUCUGUGUGCUGCAGUGCAUACUGGGAUCUGUCUCUCUGUGUGCUGCAGUACAUACUGGGAUCUGUCUCUCUGUGUGCUGCAGUGCAUACUGGGACCUGUCUCUCUGUGUGUUGCAGUACAUACUGGGAUCUGUCUCUCUGUGUGAUGCAGUACAUACUGGGAUCUGUCUCUCUGUGUGAUGCAGUACAUACUGGGAUCUGUCUCUCUGUGUGCUGCAGUACAUUCUGGGAUCUGUAUCUCUGUGUGUUGCAGUGCAUACUGGGAUCUGUCUCUCUGUGUGCUGCAAUGCAUUCUGGGAUCUGUAUCUCUGUGUGUUGCAGUGCAUACUGGGAUCUGUGUCUCUGUGUGUUGCAGUGCAUACUGGGAUCUGUGUCUCUGUGUGCUGCAGUGCAUACUGGGAUCUGUCUCUCUGUGUGCUGCAGUACAUACUGGGAUCUGUCUCUCUGUGUGCUGCAGUGCAUACUGGGACCUGUCUCUCUGUGUGCUGCAGUGCAUACUGGGAUCUGUCUCUCUGUGUGCUGCAGUGCAUACUGGGAUCUGUCUCUCUGUGUGAUGCAGUACAUACUGGGAUCUGUCUCUCUGUGUGAUGCAGUGCAUACUGGGAUCUGUCUCUCUGUGUGCUGCAGUACAUUCUGGGAUCUGUAUCUCUGUGUGUUGCAGUGCAUACUGGGAUCUGUCUCUCUGUGUGCUGCAAUGCAUUCUGUCUGUAUCUCUGUGUGUUGCAGUGCAUACUGGGAUCUGUGUCUCUGUGUGUUGCAGUGCAUACUGGGAUCUGUGUCUCUGUGUGCUGCAGUGCAUACUGGGAUCUGUCUCUCUGUGUGCUGCAGUACAUACUGGGAUCUGUCUCUCUGUGUGCUGCAGUGCAUACUGGGACCUGUCUCUCUGUGUGCUGCAGUGCAUACUGGGAUCUGUCUCUCUGUGUGCUGCAGUGCAUACUGGGAUCUGUGUCUCUGUGUGUUGCAGUGCAUACUGGGAUCUGUCUCUCUGUGUGCUGCAGUGCAUACUGGGAUCUGUCUCUCUGUGUGUUGCAGUACAUACUGGGAUCUGUCUCUCUGUGUGUUGCAGUGCAUACUGGGAUCUGUGUCUCUGUGUGUUGCAGUGCAUUCUGGGAUCUGUCUCUCUGUGUGUUGCAGUGCAUUCUGGGAUCUGUGUCUCUGUGUGCUGCAGUGCAUACUGGGAUCUGUCUCUCUGUGUGAUGCAGUACAUACUGGGAUCUGUCUUUCUGUGAGAUGCAGUACAUACUGGGAUCUGUGUCUCUGUGUGUUGCAGUACAUUCUGGGAUCUGUGUCUCUGUGUGUUGCAGUACAUACUGGGAUCUGUGUCUCUGUGUGUUGCAGUACAUACUGGGAUCUGUGUCUCUGUGUGCUGCAGUACAUACUGGGAUCUGUGUCUCUGUGUGUUGCAGUGCAUUCUGGGACACGUCUCCCUGUGUGCUGCAGUGCAUUCUGGGAUUUGUCUCUCUGUGUGCUGCAAUGCAUUCUGGGAUCUGUCUUUCUGUGUGCUGCAGUGCAUUCUGGGACACGUCUCCCUGUGUGCUGCAGUGCAUUCUGGGACACGUCUCUCUGUGUGUUGCAGACUGGGACAGGUCUCUGUAUGUAGCAAGGCAUACUGGGAACUCGUGAGCUGCAGGAAAUACUAGUACAUGUCUCUCUUUGUACAGCAAUACUGCCACCUGUCACUCAUUGUGAAACAAUGCAUGCUGGGUUCCACUUCUGUGUGUACUGAGACCUGCCUUUCUAUGUGCAGCAAUGCAUGCUGGGAGCUGUCAUUCUGUGUUUAGUCAUGCAUGCUGGGAGCUGUCAUUCUGUGUUUUGCAAUGCAUGCUGGGAGCUGUCUCUCAGUGUUUUGGAAUCUGUCUUUCUAUGUGCAGCAAUGCAUGCUGGGAUCUCUCUGUCAGUGUUGCAAUGCAUGCUGGGAGCUGUCUGUCAGUGUGCAACAAUGCAUGCUGGGAUCUCUCUGUCAGUGCAGCAAUGCAUGCUGUGAGCUGUCUGUAGUGUGCAGCAAUGCAUGCUGGGAGCUGUCUGUCAGUGUAGCAAUGUAUGCUGGGAUCACUGUCAGUGUGCAGCAAUGCAUGCUGGGAGCUGUGUGUCCGUGUGCAGCAAUGCAUGCUGGGAUCUGUCUGUCAGUGUGCAGCAAUGCAUGCUGGGAUCUGUCUGUCAGUGUGCAGCAAUGCAUGCUGGGAGCUGUGUCAGUGUACUGGGACCUGUCUUUCUAUGUGCAGCAAUGCUUACUGGGAGCUGUCAUUCUGUAUGCCGCAGUGUAUACUGGGAGCUGUCUCUCUGUAUGCAGCAGUGCAUUCUGGGAGCUGUCUCUCUGUAUGCAGCAGUGUAUAUUAGGAGCUGUCUCUCUGUAUGCAGCAGUGCAUACUGGGAGCUGUCUCUCUGUUUGCAGCAAAUCUUAUUGGUACCCGUCUCUUGGUGUGCAGCAAUGCAUGCUGGGAGCUGUCCGUGUGUCUGUGUGUGCAGCAAUGCCUGCUGGGAGCUGUCCGUGUGUCUGUGUGUGAAGGAAUGCUAGCUGGGACCAUUCUGUUUGUGAAUGUCCAUACUAGUUCCUGGUACAAUACUGCUACCUCGGUCUAUCAGAGCAUGCUGGUACUUGGUCCUGUGUGUUGCAUGUAAUUCUGUAAUACUGGCCCUUUGUGCAGACAUGCAUUAUACAUUCGCAUGCUGAACUGUUUCCAUUAUUGUACCUGGCUCCCUGGACUGUGCCGGAUUGUGCAGGCAGUGCAAUGCCAGAGUUGCAUGUGUUUUGUUAUAUACAAUAUCAGGCUUUAUGUCUAGCAUAUAAGGACCAAUGUUAGAGAAGAAAUCAUCUUUUGAUAACAGUUUUUUGUACUUUUUAUACCAGUUUAGCACUUAGGCCUCUGCGUGACUCAGGCUUGUACAUUUUGUCAGAGAAGGAUAGAAGCAGCUGGGAGCAACCUCCCCUUCUCUGCCUCCUUCCCAUGCUGCCUCUCCUCACUCCCUCCUCCCCAUGUCACGUGGAAGAGACACACUCUGUUUCCUCGACUACCGUCGUUCCUUGCUGAUCAGCACCCUCUGCUGAACACACAGAAAAACGACAGAAGGCAACACAACACAAAAAUAUCUUUAACAUACUUUACUGUGGACAGGAAAUAUGUAUACGUUUAAUUAGGAACUAAUUAACAAUGUUUAAAAAAUAACACAUAAAACAGGAAUUUCACAUCUCAUUUUUUUUUUUUAUAAAAACUUUGGUUAUGAUUCUUACGCAUUCAGCUUCCCUUGUUCAACUCUUCUUCGCUAGUCCCUUUCUCCUAAAUGUCCCUUUAUAACGUUUAUUCUCUGUUUACUUUUACAGCCGGAAGACAUUGGGCAGUCACCUAUGGCCUCGAUGCCAGAUGGUGAUAAAGUUGACCUGGAAGCAUUUAGUGAGUUCACCAAAAUAAUUACCCCAGCAAUCACUCGAGUGGUGGACUUUGCAAAGAAACUGCCCAUGUUCUCAGAGGUAAGUGUAUCAAAUUACUUUCAAGGUUUCUCUUCUCCAAACCCACCUUUCCCCUCGAGUUGCUGUCCGUGGUACUGCAACUGGUUUUGUUCUCACCUUUGCUUACAUUGUCCAUUUACUUAACAGGGCUUAAAACAGGAGUGCCCAAAAGGUAGAUCCCUAGAUUUUUUUAAAACUACAGCUUCCAUGAUGCUUUCUUGUUCUAAAGUCAAGCAAAGCAUCAUGGGAGUUGUAGUUCUGCAACAUCUGGAGAUCUACCUUUUGGGAACCCCUGGUUCAUAGAAACAUAGAAACAUAGAAUGUUACGGCAGAUAAGAACCAUUCGGCCCAUCUAGUCUGCCCAAUUUUCUAAAAACUUUCAUUAGUCCCUAGCCUUAUCUUAUAGUUAGGAUAGCCUUAUGCCUAUCCCAUGCAUGCUUAAACUCCUUUACAGAAUUUCAAGGCCUUAAAAGUUACUCAGCAUUGCAGGCUUGGAGGACUCAUGGCACACUCACUAGGGCUGAAUUUUUCCCUGCCAGAGAUGCAUUUUCACUUGCCAAUGACUAGUAGAAAUUUUGAGCCCUGUGAUUUAGCACUCCAGAUAUUGUGGUAACAUCUCCCAUAAUACUCUUACAGCCAAAUGCUGGUGAAGCAUCAAGGGAGAUGUAGUCUACAACAUCUGAAGUGCCGAAGGUUUCCUUCCGCUGUAUUUAUCAUACACAAAAUAAUUGAAAAUUUGACUUUAGCCUAAAGUAGCUGGGUUGGAAAAAAAUCUAUAGCCCAAGCAUAGUAACAGCCUGGCUAUUUUGCAAUUUUAUUGUUGAUGGAUAGGUUUUCUGAAUGAUUUUAAAGAGACACUAUAGUCACCAGAACAAUUUGUUCUGGUGAGUAGAAUUGUUCCCUUCAGGUUUUUUGCUGUAAACACUGUCUUUUUUUAUAGAAAAUGCAGUGUUUACUCCACUGGACACUCCUCAGAUGGCUGCUAGAGGUGCUUCCUCAGGCAGUGCUGCACACUGUGCAGUACUGCCAUUCAGUGUCUCCACUCUCUGCAAGCAGACUGUGAACUUUCCUCAUAGAGAUGCAUUGAGCCAAUGCAUCUCUUUGAAGAAUUGCUGAUUGGCCAGGCUUGUUUUACUUGUGCUGGCUCUGCCCCUGAUCUGCCUCCUUGACAGUCUCAGGCAAUCUGACGCAUUGUGAUUGGCUCAGACCACCACCAUUUCUGAUUAUGUCAGCAGACAGCAUGCAGGUCAGAGGCAGACAGGGCAGAGCAAGCAGCUGCACUCUUGAAUACAAGAAAGAUUUUACUAUGUUUAGGGAGGCAAGAGGGGCUAGAUAGUGGUUUUACCUAUAUUGUCAUACAUGAUACAUUUUAGAUUUUUUUUUUAAUAUGUAAAAAAUCAAUUAAAAGGUUUAUCCAGGGGGCAAAGCUAGCGGCGCAACACAGUGGUCGCCAUUUACAGCGGCUCCGAUACACCAGCGCAAAAUUUCGCAAUACACCUGCACCUACAGCCCAUCGGCUAAAAAGAACUGCAUGUGCACACUCCGGACACCCGGCGGAUACCGCAGAUGCCUUUUUCCCAAACACCGGGCACGAAACGCCGCACCAAGGGACCUGGGGCCUACCACACACGCGACCAAAACCUAGCCAGGGAACUGACAUCAUGGCUCGGGAUGAGCUCGCAAUACACAGAAACUGACUUCUACACCCCGGAAGAAAUGGGACGGAGAUCCCACAAACCAAAUCCGAGCAUAGGCAGCAUGCUGCAAUCCCCUCCGCCUGCACGGACCCGAGCCGCCGAGGCGGUCUCUCCUGAGAGGUCCAAGGAUGGGGACUCCACACAUACCAUGGCUAUGACAGACGCAGGAAGCGCAUUCAUACACGCCGCUAACGACUCAGCACCGGCAACAAAGCAGGACAUUCAGACCAUGCUGGCUGGUCUUCAAUGGAAUUUACAGCACAUGUGGCAAGCUGACCUGGAGGGGCUGGCGGCAAAGGUACAAAUAGUAUCGGCCCGAACCCAGGCCACGGAACAAGAGGUGAGAGACCUACGCCAAGACCUCACCUCUCUUAAAGACACAGUCACCCAAAUGCAAACCGCACAAACAAACACCAUUAGACAAGUCGCCAUACUAGACGACAGGGGUAGGAGAAAGAACAUCAAAAUCAGGGGGGUAUCAGAAGUGGUACCACUGGACGAACUGCCACACUUUAUAAGGUGCUUAGUGGUCGCACUCCUCCCCAACAGACAGGCGAAACACUGUGUGUUUGACGGCGUAUACCGCAUUGCCAAACCACAGCAGGCACCAAAGGCCGCUCCACGCGACAUCAUCUUAAGAUGCCAAUCCCUAACGGAUAAGAUAGCCCUGAUGACAGCCAUUAAGAGAAAACACACCGAAUCAUCUUCUUCCAGGACCUGAGUAGAGACACUCUCUUAUGGCGCAAGAGCAUGCAGCCCAUCACGACCACCCUGCAAGCAGCGUGGCCUCAUGUACAAAUGGGCAACCCCCAGGACAUUAUGGGUGACUAAAGGCAACCAACACUACAAGAUCUCCAACUUGGGAGAAAGUCCGGCCCUGCUGACCACCCUGGGACUGUCCAACGACACCAUGACACCAGCCACCAGCCACCACGCUCCCGGGACCCGCAUCCUGAAACCUGCAUUGGCCACAUUGCUAGCCUAUUGUUAUUUUUAUUUGCUGUUUGUUUUGCUUUGUUUUGCUUUUUUGAUGACAAGCUAAGUCACUCACAACCCGUUAUCAUUGACCUCAACCUUAUCGGUUAGAACUAAUUACACAGUCCUGUGACGGUAAGGCGGUUGCCUCCCCCCCCCCCCAAAUGCCCGGGGUUAUAGGGCACAGUAAACCUUGGAGCCUCCACGCAGAAAUACCGGCCUAGAUGGGGGGAAAAAAACAAAAGAAGAGGUCAUACGAAGCCCUGCGAAGGCACAAACACCCGAGCUCCAAAACACACUGCACUGUCACAUAGACGAGACACAAACGCUUAGAGCUUGCUCCGCUACCUAACCUGACACAUCUCGAGCCACGCAAGGAACUAAGCAACCACUGAGGCUAUAUCCUGUGCCAGUGCCCCAACACCGCCUAAGAGUCCCACUGGGACGACACUAGACAUACAUAUCACACUCACCACUGGCACAGUCAGAUCCCCCGCUAAAACUACAUAGCCCUUGCUAAUAUAAAAUGUGCACAGCUCAACUCGGCCCAAUGAGACAAACGAAAUGUGAAUGUACCUCAUGCAUAUGCUGUUGUGGCACCCUUACUUAUGUCUGUACCGCUGAAAUUGCACCAAAAAUAAAGAAUUUAAAAAACAGAAGGUUUAUCCAGAAAUAUGAACUCAUUUGGAGAGCUUAUCCAACAACAUUAACUAAGGCCUUAAUGUCCAUGAGUAAAACAUAAUACCAGGACUUGAUGGCACUUUGUGAAAAUGUUUGCAGCUUUUAUGCAGUGUGCAUCUUACACUUGCCGUGCCAGUGGACAUUACAACAAUGAUUGGGCUGUCUGUAUGGCUAAAUGGAGCAUAAUGCAUCUGAAUUGUCCCCCCUGAGACAUCCUUCCUACCCAUGCAAGCUUCGGUUUGUCUAACCUACUUGUUUGCAGUGCUUCAUAGUGAUUUGCCUUUUAUUUCGAAGCAACAGCUUUCUUAAUUUCUAACUAAAUAAUAUCACUUACAUUCUGAUCCAGUUGCUCAUACCACCUAGAAAUAAAAUUUCCAUCUCCAUGCAUAAAGUUGCAUCCUUUCAAAUAGCACCAAUGAUUGUGCCAAUCAAAUGACAGGAAAACCUUUUUUUUCUCAAGCAGAGUGGACAACCAUUCAACACAACAUUUAAAUACUGAGCCUUCAUAUCCUAGAGUCCCAGGGAAACUUUCACAGAUCUCCUGGGGUCAUGCUAAAAUGGUCCCCAUUGUAGCAGAGACUGCCUACUUCUGGUUACACGGUUAUACAGUGUGGCACUCUAUUCCCUUAGAGGGACAUUACACUUCCCAAAUAAUGUUUAUAUAAAAAUAAUCAGUAUUUAGAAGAUAUACUCCAAAUGAAAACAUGCAUGAGUUUAAUUGUGCGUUUUUUCAUUGUAAUUAAAACACAACUUGCAAAAGAUGCAGUUCUCUUGUAUGCUGCCUUUGCAAGCCAAGCCCUUCCCUUCUAACCCCCUCCCAGCCUGUCCAAUCACAGACUUCCCAACGCAGCCCAAUGAGAAGUCUUUGCAAGGCAGAUGCUCUAAGCGAUCUCCUGCCUCUCGACAGCCAUUAGCAAAAGGUUAGUCUUUCGAAAAUUAAUUCAAGCGUGCAAAUUCACUAAAGCAGUCAGAGGAAACUGAGUUCUCUAAUGUUACGCAAAGAGUGAUACAUUGUGAAGACUUUAUGCGGGUAAGCAACUAUUUUGUUGCUACCCACAACUGUCUCUCGCUGCCUUUGUUUAGCCGAGCAAGCCACCCAUGCAAAAACCUUUGCCUCACAAAAGCCUUACUAUAUUUUCAAAAAUACUGGUCCAAAUUAAAAUGAUACUGUCUGAUUUCCUUCACAGGGGCUGAAAUAGAUUGCCUCCGUUCAUUUGGUGCCAUAGUUCAGUAAUGGGUUCAAGAAAGAGACCGUUUUUUUUUUUUAUCCCAUGUAAUUCAGCCUUUCUGGGACAGGGUUUCAUACUACAUCCAAAAGUUGUUGUGACAACCAGGUGUGAGACUUGUAGAUGUCCUACUGGUUCGUGUCCUCAAACUAGCGUGGAGAAAUUCUGAUGCAUUCAGAUAUGUCACUACUACAACCCAAUAUCAAAUAAAGAGAAGACUACACUAGCCAGAGGAUAUCACAAGAUACAUUUCUAUUGAAAUAUGCACCUUUAGUAAAAUGAAAAAGAAAGUGGGAAAGAGUAAAUUUUGAAAAUAAUACAUCAUCAGAGGUGAACAUCAAGCAGGUGGCUAGAGAUAUGGAAAAGUGGGAAGGCAGCAUGUAAGAUGGAUGGGGAACGCCGUGGAAUCAAAGAGAUAAAGCAUAAAAGAGAAAUGUGAGAGAGUGAUGAAAGUGAGGGAUAGAGACAUUGUAAAGUAAGAGACGGCAGAAAGAAAACUGGAGAUGGGGUGACCAAUGGAAAAGUUAGGGCAGAGGUAAAGAUUCCAAUUAAAUGGGUGGUGGUAUUAGAAGGAAGAAGAUAAGAUGGAAGGUGGUAGAACUUGGUAGAAAAAGGGGAUCGCAACAAAUGGGAGGACGUGAGACAUCACUUGUAAUAUCACAACCUCUCAAGUUAUCAGUACAGAUCAUGAUGCUGCAUUCAAUUAGAAUAUGCUGUCUAAUGUCAUGCUAAGGCUUCAGUUGGGUGACUAACCACGAACGUUUAGAAGGAUGCAAACCCAAUUUGCCAGUGAUGUCAUCUAUCUGACAGUUAUAUCACCUUUACUGUUGCAGUCAGUCUGCACAUCAUCAAGUGGUUAUAUAAUUCCAACGGCCUGGGAAAUCUAACCCAGACCACCAGCCAAUGUUUUAGUAGUUAUGAUGCAGUCCACAUUAUUAGUAGAUAAAUCACAAUCUUAUGUCUGAUCUCAAUCCGCCUGUUAACAGCUGCCAAUGAGCCAUUGCCAAUUGUUCUGACACUUUUCAGAAUUACUUUUUUUUUUUUAUAUAAUUCUUUAUUUUGUAAUGACAGAGGAUAUCACAUAUCACAGUUGUACGGCUUAUGCCAAAGCCUAUGCAUGGUUUGAAAAAACAAAACGUGCAUUUGGGUCAAAUAGUGCAUGUGGUCCUUAUUACGUAUCAUGUAUGACAUUUGUUUAGCAUUACUUUUACCAGUAUCGGGUGGGUUUAAAAUGGCAAAACGUAUGAGUUAUUGAUGCUUCAACAGGACCAUCUAAAAUCUAGCAAGUUCAUCACUUCAAAGAACUCCUAACUAAUACCCCAAAUGUUUGCACAUGAGAAGAAUGAACAACGUUUAUACAUCUACUGAAUUGAUGACACGAACAAAGCACGGCUAAAGAAAAACUGUCUCCCUCCGCUCUCCCACCAUGAUCUUAUUAAAGAUGUGGGUGUUACAUUUUUGUAACAGCAACCUCUGAUAUGCACGUGCUUUUCCUUUGCUCUUUGUUGAUAUGCCAUGCUUGGGGACACUUCCCAAAGCAGGGCACAUCUUUUCCAUGUCACGUCAUUUGUUUCCUCUACUCCCUAUUCGAAGCUAGGAGCACCAGCUAGGGAGUAACCAUAGCAACCACAUUGCAUGCGCUGUGGUUGCUAUGGGUAGAUAGCAGAUGGACCUCCUGGGAGAAGUCUCUUCCUGUCUCUCAGUUCCCUGGCAUUAAAUGUCUGCUGAGGAAUUGAGACUGAUAAAGAGCAAAACUAAUUUUGCCUGUGACAGGUUCCCUUCACUUGUUAGUCACUUAAACCAGGUAAAGGACAAAUAAGCACUGUAACUAAAAUGCUAUGCAGUGGAAUUGAUAACAUAACAAAUACACAGGAGCUCAAUGUCUGAAAAGUCAGUUUGAACACCGUAAAGAACCACUCACACUGCACAGCCCCAGUGAAACGUAAUAGGUUCAUUACACACCUGUCGCUUAUUGGCAUUAUCAGUGCACUGGGCUGUCUGUAACCUUCAACCUCUGUUGUAAUCAAAAACCCCUCGUAGGUGCCAGUGCCAAUUUCUUUGUCGUCAUCCUCUAUGUCAGCCUAUUGAGCUCAACAACAUGAGAUUAACCGUUAAAUAGCAGGUCAGGCCUGGUAUUAACACAAUAAUGGUUUCUGACUUUCGUGACGUUACCAGCAGAAAAUUGGUUUCUUAAAUUUGUAUUGUGAUCUAUUUGAUAACUAUCCUGCCCUACAGGAUGAAAGUCAGAAAAACAUUAUCGACUAGUGUGGGAUUGUAAUGCAGGUCUGUGUUGGUAAAACUGAUCUAUAACUAGGCAGCAUCCCUCGUUUUCUAUAAAUUUCCAGACAGUCUUUCUGCAAGGAGAAAAAAAAAAUUUAAAUUAUAAUUUCUCAUUAUUACCUGAAUUGCCCCUAAACAAAAUGAGGCUACAUAACACAUAGAGAUUAUGAAUUUUAAUAAUAUUGACUAUUGUCAAAUAAUCCUCGAGUGAGAAACCUACAAACAUAGCCACUUGUAUAACACAUCCCUCUAAGUGUUCCAUCACAAGGAUAAAUACAACAAAAAUAUAUACAGACAAAAGUGCAAACAUGCAUAAGAUAUAAAUAACAAAAGAGAUAAAACAGAGGAAAAAACUCACAGCUGCUGAUAUACUAACUAGGUCUUCUGAGUAUGAUUCCAAACAACAUAAAAACACAAGGUAGUGUAUAGUAAAUGUAUUAUUAAAGGGACAGUCUAGGUAUCAUAACCAUUCCAUGUCAUUGUUCCCUAUGUUUAGUGUUAAACUAUUUUGAGCAGUUUGCCACUGAAUUGGGAUUCCUGACCACCCUCGGCCCAGCAAUCACUAGAGGCAUGCCUAAGGCAGACAUUACACCCUUCCUUAGUCAUAGCAAUUCAUGCCAGCCAUUGGUGACUGUGAUAUGGUGGAAUUGAUCAACUGACACUCUCAACCAAUCACUGCCGCACAUUGCACUCCGGCUAAUUCUUCUACAUCAGCUUGAGUAGUGUAGAGGGAAUAGGCUGCUGGGGGCUUUUGUUCAGCAUAAAACCAUUCAAAAACAGUUUAUCACUUACCAGAAUGAUGGGGCCAGGGGACUCCAGACACUAAAACCACUUCAAUGAGAUGAAGCACUUACUGUGCUUGGAGUGUUCCUUUAAUAGCCGUCAGGAAUAUAGCUAUCACAAUGAACAUAAACAUUGUAGUCAAGGUGUUUUUAAUAGAUUCUUUCUACAUCCUAUGUCAGAAUUAUUCUCUCCAUUUUCCCAUUUAGCAUGUGAUUCCCCUAUGUAUAGUAUGCAAUAUAACGGCCAGUUGGCUUUUCUGUUAUAUCUGAAAUGUCCUCAUUUCACAAGUAUGCUUACCACACUGUUUUGUAAACCUUAAUCAGGAACACUAUCAAAGAAGAUAACUAUCAAGAUGUAAGAUUCGUACCGUUAUAUUUGGAGUCAUUAAACUAACUGUCAUCAUAAAGUAUCUUAAACUAAUAUUGCCAGCAGAUUAUUAUUGUUUAAAUACCUCCAAUAGGUGUAGAGGUGACAAACUUCAAACCUUACAAGAUAAUUACUGGUAAAGAAGGAUAGUUACAUCUGGCACAGAUUCUUAGCCAUAGUCCUCAAAAGUACGGUGCUAAACCCAAAGUUGGGCUAUAUCUCCCCAUUCGCAAACUAUACAAUUACAUUGCACUUCUCUGAUAUAUCAUUGAUUGGAUACAGCUAAUAAACUUAGGAUAAAUCUACACUAAAAGAUUUCUAAUGUCUUUUAAAAGAACUCUAUGGUGUCAGGAAUACAAACAUUUAUUCCUGACACUAUAGUGCUGGUGUGGCAGUUUCGGUCACCGGACUCCCUGCCAGAGCAGUUAAAGGGCGUUUAAACUCUCCUUUUCUCCCAUGCUGCACGAAUUUCGCCACAGCUGGUACUACCUCGCUCCACCUCCACUUGAUGAUCUCAGCUAACUCAGUGCUUUCUGAGAGGAAAGCAUUGUGAGGCAGUUGCACAUGCGCGGCAAAACGCUGCGAUGCACCAGUCAUUAUCUCCUCUUAGAGGUGCGUUGAAUCAAUGCAGAGCAAGGAGACCCUGAACCUGCACAUUUUGCAGCACUGACCCCGGAAGCACCUCUAAUGGCAGUCUAGAAGUGUUACUAACCAGCAGUGUAAACAAUGCCUUUGCACUGAAAAGGCAGUGUAUACAUUAAAAGGCCCUCAGGGACAUGCUCUACAUUACGCUGUAGUAGUUCUGGUAAAUAUAGUGUCCCUUUAACCACUAAACUAUUCUAUAUCCUUAGAAUGGACUAACUUAAUACCUUGACAGCAAAAUAAAGAUUUGGUAAUUAUAUAAAUAAGUGUUUCCAACUCUGGGAGUCAUACAUACUUUGUUUAUAGUUGACUGAAUGUUGCUUUCUUUCUCCUGUGUAGUAGGAGUUAUCAUGCAAAAUUAUUAGGAAAUUUGAUCUACACAUUGGAGCUAGACUAUGUAUAAUUGUAUAAUCAACAUAUAUGUAGAUAAACUAACACAACGGCCUCAAUUUAAUAUUUUUGGAUAAGCUUUUCAAAUUAUUUAAUAUUUUCAUAUUUUUAUAUAUUGUUAUAUGUGAUUUUAUUUUUUUUGUUGUUGAAAUUUUAAUAUUUGAGAAAAAAAAUCAUUUGAAAAAUGUCUCUAAAAUACGAAAUCAUUUGGAAAUCUUAUCUAAAAAUAUUAAAUUGAGGCCGAUGUUGGUAAAGGGUACCUUACAAUCUGAGAUACCUCUAAAUGAAUAAUACAAACUAUGUCCCCUCUAUUCACAGCUGCCCUGUGAGGAUCAAAUUAUCCUGUUGAAAGGAUGCUGUAUGGAAAUAAUGUCUCUCCGUGCAGCUGUGCGUUAUGAUCCAGAUAGCGAGACCCUUACACUGAGCGGAGAAAUGGCUGUAAAGCAAGAGCAACUGAAAAAUGGGGGUCUGGGUGUGGUGUCCGAUGCCAUCUUUGACCUGGGAAGAUCUCUUUCUGCAUUCAACCUCGAUGACACAGAGGUCGCUCUGUUGCAAGCUGUCUUGCUCAUGUCCUCAGGUAAAUUUAAUGCCAUCAUGCUGGUAAUGCAAUACAAAUACAGUGUGUGAGUGAAUCUAACAGCAUUCUAUUAAAUGGCUUAUUGACUUGGUGAGUGGAUUGUGUUUUUGCUCUGUGUGAGUAGAAUGCCUCUCCAGUGGAAGAUGAUUGCUCUUGCUGUGUGAGUAAAAUGCUCAUUCUAUUUAGGGAAAAAGUGAUCUUGCUGUGUGUGGGUAGAAUGCACUUGCUGUGUGUAAAUUGAAUGAUCUUUCUACUUGUAAGUAGAAUGUUUUUAAAGUAAAUUUUCCUUUUUUUUUUCUGUGUGUAAGUCGAAUGCUCUUGCUGUAUGUCAGUUGAGUGUUUUCUUUUUGCAUGACUUUAUUGCUGUAUAGACCAAGUCCUUGUGCCGUGUGUUACCUGAAUGCUCUCACUAAGUGUGCGCCGAAUGGUUUCACUAUUUGUCCUGAAUGCUCUCACUGUGUGUGCCGAAUGCUCUUCCUAUGUGUGUGCUGAAUGCUCUUCCUAUGUGUGCACUGAAUGCUCAUACUGUGUGUCCUGAAUGCUCUCCCUAUAUGUGUGCUGAAUGCUGUUACUAUGUGUGCGCUGUAUUUUCUCUAUGUGCUCUAAAUUCUCUCUGUGUGUGCGCUGAAUGCUAUCACUUUGUGCACUGAAUGCUAUCACUGUGUGUGUGCUGAAUGCUCUCAGUAUAUGUGCGCUGAAAACUCUCACUAUGUGCACGAUGUAUGCUCUCACUGCCUGUGUCUUGAAUGCUCUCACUGCGGUUAUUUUGAAUGCUCUCGCUGCAUGUGUCUUGAAUGCUCUCACUGCGUGUGUCUUGAAUGCUCUCACUGCAGGUGUCUUGAAUGCUCUCACUGCGUGUGUCUUGAAUGCUCUCACUGCGUGUGUCUUGAAUGCUCUCACUGCGGGUGUCUUGAAUGCUCUCACUGCGGGUGUCUUGAAUGCUCUCACUGUGGUUAUUUUGAAUGCUCUCACUGCGUGUGUCUUGAAUGCUCUCACUGCGUGUGUCUUGAAUGCUCUCACUGCAGGUGUCUUGAAUGCUCUCACUGCGUGUGUCUUGAAUGCCCUCACUGCGUGUGUCUUGAAUGCUCUCACUGCGGGUGUCUUGAAUGCUCUCACUGCGGGUGUCUUGAAUGCUCUCACUGUGUGUGUCUUGAAUGCUCUCACUAUGUGUCCGCUGAAUGCUCUCUCUGUGUGUGCACUGAAUGCUCUCACUAUGUGUGCGCUGAAUGCUCUCACUAUGUGUGCGCUGAAUGCUCUCACUGCGUGUGCAUGAAUGCUCUCACUGAAUGCUCUCACUAUGUGUCAGCUGAAUGCUCUCUCUGUGUGUGCACUGAAUGCUCUCACUACUGUGUGCGCUGAAUGCUCUCACUAUGUGUGCGCUGAAUGCUCUCACUGCGUGUGCACUGAAUGCUCUCACUAUGUGUCAGCUGAAUGCUCUCUCUGUGUGUGCACUGAAUGCUCUCUCUGUGUGUGCGCUGAAUGCUCUCUCUGUGUGUGCGCUGAAUGCUCUCACUAUGUGUGCGCUGAAUGCUCUCACUAUGUGUGCGCUGAAUGCUCUCAGUAUGUGUCCGCUGAAUGCUCUCUCUGUGUGUGCACUGAAUGCUCUCACUAUGUGUCAGCUGAAUGCUCUCUCUGUGUGUGCACUGAAUGCUCUCACUAUGUGUCCGCUGAAUACUCUCACUUUGUGUCCGCUGAAUGCUCUCUCUGUGUGUGCGCUGAAUGCUCUCUCUGUGUGUGCACUGAAUGCUCUCUCUCUCUCUCUAUAUAUAUAUAUAUAUAUGAGCUGACUGCUCUCACUACAUGUGAAUGCUCUUGCUAUAUACUAGUUGCAUGCCUCCUUUGUAUGUCAGUAGAAUGUCCUUGCUACAAAUUGCUUGUUACAUGAAUGUACUCUUCCCUGUGUGCGGAGAAUACAUGUCCUGUAUUGUGAGAUUAAUGUUUAUGUUGUGUUAGUGUGGAAUGCUCUUAUUGUGGUUAGAAUGCUUUUGUUGUGUGAGCAUGGCAUAUGUUUGCUGUGUAAGUAGAAUCUACUUUUGCAAAGUGGAAUGUUUCUUUGUCUGAUUAGAGGGUCAUAGCCAUAUUUUAGAGCAAUGCACCUGCUGAAUGUGAGUAAAAUGCACUUGCUGUGUGUCAGUAGAAUGUUCUUGCUGUAUGUAAGUGGAAUUCUCUUGACGUGAGUGACUAGAAUGCUCUUGUGUGUAAGUGAAAUGAUUUUGCUGUGUGUGAGUCAAAUUCCCUUGUGUGUGUGUGAGACAAAUGUUUUUGCUGUGCGUGAGUUGAAUAUUCUUGCUGUGUGUGAGUCGAACAUUAUUACUGUAUGAGUAGAAUGCUCUCGUUGUGUGUGAGUGGAAUGCUUUUGCUCUGUUUGAAUUGAAUGCUCUUGCAUUAUGUGAAGAAAAUGAUCUUGCUGUAUGUGAGUUGAAUGCUCGUGCUGUGUUUGAGAUGAAUUUCCUGCUGUGUGUGAAUGGAAUGCUCUUAUAUUCUGUUAAUAGAAUUAUAUUGCUGUGUGUGAGUGGGGUGUGUUUUCUGUGUGUGAAUGGAAUGUGUUGGCUGUAUGUGAGCAGCAUGUUAUUGCUGUGUGUGAAAUGCUCUUGCAUUAUAUGAUUAGAAGUGUGUGUGUGUGUGUGUGUGUGUGUGUUUUCUCGUCGUGUGAAUAAAAUAAAUGAUUUUGUUUUGAAAUUUCAUUUUGUUAGUGAGAUCUCUGUUUAGUAGAUAGCAUUUCCUUUUCAUAGGCGAGUGAAUUUAUCUUUUAGACAGUGAAUGCAGUUGCCUUCGAAAUGAUGCUCGAGUGGGACAUCUUUGCUAUAACAGAAAAAUUGCUUUUUAGUUUAGUUUUCGCUAACUGACUAAGUCUAGUUUGUGUUUGUGACCUUGACGUAUACUGAGAGAUAUCCUACAUCCAGCAAUAAAAUUCCACAACUUUCAGUUGCUAAGUUAAAAGCAUGACAUUUUAUUUUUCAGUUUUUAUUCAUGUCUUCUUUUAAAUGUAGGUCUUUGCAACUCCUUAUUGUAGGUAUUAAUAGAUUAAAAGGAAAUUAUUGUUUCAGAUUUAGGACAUCAUCCCUCUAUGUUGGCUCUUUAAUAUUAUUACUCUUAAUAAUUGUCUCUUCCUCAGACCGUACGGGUUUAAUCUGCACAGACAAGAUAGAGAAAUGUCAAGAGACGUACCUGCUCGCCUUUGAACACUACAUCAAUCAUCGCAAACACAACAUUCCCCACUUUUGGCCUAAGCUCCUGAUGAAAGUGACAGACCUGCGCAUGAUUGGGGCCUGCCACGCCAGCCGCUUCCUGCACAUGAAGGUCGAGUGCCCCACAGAGCUCUUCCCUCCGCUCUUCCUUGAGGUCUUUGAAGACCAGGAAGUCUGA